GUGCGGUGCGGUUCUCUGCCAAGUGGGCUUCUCUUCCCUGUGUCUUUUAAGUGUGAAGUUUGGAUAAUCUAACAGCGGAGAUCAUUGCCUUAUUUGAAUAGGUGGUCGCAUCCUAACAUCCAUCAUCUAAUUGUUGCAGUGAAAGUUGCCGGGCAUUUUUCAGCAAUUUUACCCCGUGAAAAUUCCGAAAAACCAAACGCGCGCAAAGCAAUCAAAAGUGUUCAAAGCAAAAAAGCGUUAAAUAUUGUUUAGUAUAACAAUACGUUUCAAAAAAUUUAUAAAAAAUAACCGAGUGUCUGUGAGACGUCUUUUGCGCAAAGCCUAAGUGUGUGUGUGUGUCUUUCUGCGCUUUUGACGGCAAAUCGCUUUUGGCAGCUGCUUUGGCAGCAGCCAAGUAAGAAACAAGGCUUUUUUCGCUGGCGUCGCUCUUCGUUGGCAGCUGUUGGCAGUAUGAACUGAUUUUGGCCGAAAGUUGAUGAAUAAAAUGCAAAAAUGAAAAUAUUUUUGCCACUAGUCACGUGGAUAGUGCUACUACUCUCGAGUGCAGUACAUUCACAAUAUUCACAACAACCGCAACCAUUCAAGACGAACUUGAGGGCGAAUAGUCGGUUUCGCGGCGAGGUCUUCUACCUGAACCUCGAGAAUGGCUACUUUGGCUGCCAAGUCAACGAGUCCACCGAAUAUUUGCAGCUAUUCAACCUAUCGAAACUAUGCGACGGUACCCAAGAUUGUUUUCUGGGUGCCGAUGAGUUGAGCAAAGAGCUCAAAUGCACAAAUGACUGUGAUAAGGAUGGCACCCAGUGCACACAUGGCGCGUGUUUGAACGGCGUCUGCCAUUGCAAUGACGGCUACGGCGGUUGCAAUUGCGUGGACAAAGAUGAGAACGAAUGCAAACAGCGGCCGUGCGACGUGUUCGCCCAUUGCACAAACACACUGGGCAGCUUCACGUGUACCUGCUUUCCGGGCUAUCGCGGCAAUGGCUUCCAUUGUGAAGACAUUGACGAAUGCCAAGAUCCCGCGAUAGCAGCGCGCUGCGUGGAGAACGCCGAGUGCUGCAACCUGCCGGCGCACUUCCUCUGCAAGUGCAAGGACGGCUACGAGGGCGACGGCGAGGUCCUCUGCACGGAUGUGGACGAGUGCCGCAAUCCGGAGAACUGCGGCCCCAACGCCCUGUGCACCAACACGCCGGGCAACUACACAUGCUCCUGCCCGGAGGGCUAUGUGGGCAACAAUCCGUAUCGGGAGGGUUGCCAGGAUGUGGACGAGUGCUCGUACCCGAAUGUCUGCGGACCCGGUGCCAUAUGUACGAAUCUCGAGGGCAGUCAUCGCUGCGACUGCCCGCCGGGAUACGACGGCGAUGGACGCUCGGAGUCCGGUUGCGUGGAUCAGGAUGAGUGCGCCCGGACGCCCUGCGGCCGGAAUGCGGACUGUGUGAACACGGACGGCAGCUUCCGCUGCCUGUGUCCGGAUGGUUAUAGCGGUGAUCCUAUGCACGGCUGCGAGGAUGUCGAUGAAUGCGCCACUAACAAUCCAUGCGGUUUGGGUGCUGAAUGCGUGAACAUGGGCGGUAGCUUCCAGUGCCGCUGUCCCGCCGGCUUUGUGCUGGAGCACGAUCCUCAUGCGGAUCUGGUGCCCCAGUCGCCCCAGCAGAACCCCCAACAAUUGGGCUACGGGCCGGGGGCGACCGAUGUGGUGCCCUACCAGAGGACCUCGGGCGCCGGUCUGGCCUGCCUGGACAUUGAUGAGUGCAACCAGCCGGAUGGGGUGGCCAAGUGCGGCACCAAUGCCAAGUGCAUCAACUUCCCCGGCUCGUACCGCUGCCUGUGUCCCAGUGGAUUCCAAGGACAGGGCUAUUUGCACUGCGAGAACAUCAACGAGUGUCAGGAUAAUCCGUGUGGGGAGAACGCGAUCUGCACGGACACCGUUGGCAGCUUCGUGUGCACCUGCAAACCGGACUACACCGGUGAUCCCUUCCGCGGAUGUGUGGAUAUCGACGAGUGUACCGCCUUGGACAAGCCGUGUGGACAACAUGCGGUGUGCGAGAAUACCGUACCCGGCUACAACUGCAAGUGCCCACAGGGAUACGACGGGAAACCCGAUCCCAAGGUGGCCUGCGAGCAGGUGGAUGUGAAUAUCCUGUGCAGCAGCAACUUCGAUUGCACCAACAAUGCGGAGUGCAUUGAGAACCAGUGCUUCUGCCUGGAUGGCUUCGAACCCAUUGGCUCCAGUUGUGUGGACAUCGAUGAGUGUCGCACCCACGUGGAGGUUUGUGGUCCCCAUGCCCAGUGCCUGAAUACCCCCGGAUCCUAUGGCUGCGAAUGCGAAGCGGGUUACGUGGGCAGUCCGCCAAGGAUGGCCUGCAAGCAGCCUUGCGAGGAUGUGCGAUGUGGAGACCAUGCCUACUGCAAACCGGAUCAGAAUGAAGCCUACUGUGUGUGCGAGGAUGGAUGGACCUACAACCCGAGCGAUGUCUCGGCGGGAUGUGUGGACAUCGAUGAGUGCGAUGUGCUGCACGGACCCUUCGGAAGUUGUGGUCAGAAUGCCACGUGCUCGAACAACGCGGGAGGAUUUACGUGUGCCUGUCCACCGGGCUUCUCGGGAGAUCCGCACUCCAAGUGCGUGGAUGUGGACGAGUGCCGUACGGGAGCCAGCAAAUGUGGAGCUGGAGCGGAGUGCGUAAAUGUACCAGGUGGUGGAUACACCUGUCGCUGCCCCGAGAACACCAUUGCCGAUCCCGAUCCCAGUGUGAGGUGCGUGCCCAUCGUGAGCUGCUCCUCCAAUGAGGAUUGUCCUGGUAACUCCAUCUGUGAUGCGACCAAGCGUUGCCUGUGCCCCGAACCGAAUGUGGGCAAUGACUGCCGACAUCCUUGUGAAGCCCUCAAUUGUGGAGCACAUGCCCAGUGCAUGCUGGCCAAUGGACAGGCUCAGUGCCUGUGUGCUCCGGGAUACACUGGAAACGCUGCUCUGCCAGGUGGCUGCAAUGACAUCGAUGAGUGUCGGGCUAAUCCCUGUGCGGAGAAGGCCAUCUGUUCAAAUACAGCUGGUGGCUAUCUGUGCCAGUGUGCCGGAGGAUCCGGUGGAGAUCCGUAUCGCGAGGGAUGCAUUACCUCCAAGAUGGAGGGUUGCUCUGACGCCAAUCCCUGUGCGGCAGGUGAGACCUGUGUCCAGGACUCGUACACCCGCAACGGUGUGUGCAUCUGUCGACAGGGUUACGAACGGAAUCCGGAGAAUGGCCAGUGUCAGGAUGUGGACGAGUGCUCAUUGCAGAGAGGAAAGCCCGUCUGUGGACUGAAUGCUCUGUGUAAGAAUCUGCCAGGAAGCUAUGAGUGCCGCUGCCCACAGGGUCACAAUGGAAACCCCUUCAUCAUGUGCGAGAUCUGCAAUACGCCGGAGUGCCAAUGUCAAUCUCCGUACAAGCUUGUUGGCAACAGUUGCGUUCUGUCGGGAUGCUCCACCAGUGGACAGGCCUGUCCCAGCGGAGCCGAGUGCAUCUCCAUAGCCGGAGGUGUUAGCUACUGUGCCUGUCCCAAGGGCUAUCAAACCCAGCCGGAUGGCAGCUGUGCCGAUGUCAACGAGUGCGAGGAACGUGGCACCCAACUGUGCGCCUUUGGAGCUCAGUGCGUGAAUACACCAGGAAGUUAUAGUUGUCACUGUCCCGAAGGAUACCAAGGAGAUGCCUACAACGGAUUGUGCGCUAUGGCACAGAGGAAAUGUGCUGCCGAUAAGGAGUGUGCCAGUAAUGAGAAGUGCAUCCAGCCGGGAGAGUGUGUUUGCCCACCGCCCUACUUCCUGGAUCCCCAGGACAACAACAAAUGCAAGAGCCCCUGUGAACGAUUCCCGUGCGGCAUUAAUGCCAAGUGCACACCCUCGGAUCCACCGCAAUGUAUGUGCGAGGCGGGAUUCAAGGGAGAUCCUCUGCUGGGCUGCACGGAUGAGGACGAGUGCGCCCAUCUGCCCUGCGCCUAUGGAGCCUACUGUGUGAACAAGAAGGGUGGCUACCAGUGCGUCUGCCCCAAGGACUAUACCGGAGAUCCGUACAAGAGUGGCUGCAUCUUUGAGAGCGGCACCGUAAAGACCGUUUGCCUGAGCAACGACGAUUGUGCCAGUAAUCUGGCCUGUCUGGAAGGAAGUUGCGUAAGUCCAUGUAGCAGUCUCCUUUGUGGAUCCAAUGCCUAUUGCGAGACGGAGCAGCAUGCCGGCUGGUGUCGCUGCCGAGUGGGAUUCGUGAAGAACGGAGACGGAGACUGCGUCUCCCAGUGCCAGGAUGUGAUCUGUGGCGAGGGAGCCCUAUGCAUUCCCACCAGCGAGGGACCCACCUGCAAGUGUCCACAAGGACAACUGGGUAAUCCCUUCCCCGGCGGCAGCUGCAGCACUGAUCAGUGCUCAGCCGCCAGACCUUGUGGCGAGCGACAGAUCUGCAUCAAUGGAAGGUGCAAGGAGCGGUGCGAGGGAGUGGUCUGCGGUAUUGGAGCCACCUGCGAUAGGAACAACGGGAAGUGCGUCUGCGAACCGAACUUUGUGGGUAAUCCCGAUCUGAUCUGUAUGCCGCCCAUCGAGCAGGCCAAGUGCUCGCCAGGAUGCGGAGAGAACGCUCACUGCGAGUACGGUUUGGGUCAGAGCAGGUGCGCCUGCAAUCCCGGAACCUUUGGCAAUCCGUACGAGGGCUGUGGAGCGCAGAGUAAGAACGUCUGCCAGCCGAAUAGUUGUGGACCCAAUGCCGAGUGCCGUGCUGUGGGCAACCACAUCACCUGUCUUUGCCCGCAGGGCUUCAGUGGUAAUCCCUACAUUGGCUGCCAGGAUGUUGACGAGUGUGCCAACAAGCCGUGUGGUCUCAAUGCAGCCUGCCUGAAUAGACCCGGCGGAUUCGAGUGCCUGUGUCUCUCGGGACAUGCUGGAAAUCCCUAUAGUAGUUGUCAACCCAUUGAGAGCAAGUUCUGCCAGGAUGCCAACAAGUGCCAGUGCAAUGAGCGAGUGGAGUGUCCCGAUGGCUACAGUUGCCAGAAGGGCCAGUGCAAGAAUCUCUGCUCCCAGGCUUCGUGUGGCCCAAGGGCCAUCUGCGAUGCCGGAAAAUGUAUCUGCCCCAUGGGAUACAUUGGAGAUCCCCAUGACCAGGUCCAGGGAUGCAGUGUGCGUGGUCAGUGUGGGAACGAUGCUGACUGCCUGCACUCGGAGAUCUGCUUCCAGUUGGGCAAGGGUCUGCGCAAGUGCGUGGAUGCUUGCUCGAAGAUUCAGUGCGGACCCAAUGCCCUCUGCGUCGCCGAGGAUCAUCGUUCCUCGUGCAUCUGCUCCGAUGGUUACUUUGGUAACCCAAGUAAUCUGCAGGUGGGAUGCCAGCCGGAGAGGACGCUGCCCAAGGAAGCGGACAAAUGUAAAUCGGAUCGGGACUGUGAACGAGGAUAUGGCUGUCAGGCCAGCGUUCAUGGCACCCGGGAGUGCGUUGACCUCUGCUCCAAUGUCGUCUGCGGACCCAACGAGCUGUGCAAGAUCAACCCAGCUGGACAUGCGAUUUGCAACUGUGCCGAGAGCUAUGUCUGGAAUCCGGUGGUCUCCUCCUGCGAGAAGCCCUCACUGCCCGAUUGCACCAGUGACGCCAACUGUCCCGAUGCAUCCGCCUGUCGCCCAGAUGUCCUGGGUGUGCUUAAGUGCGUGGCCAUCUGCGAUGCCUUCACCUGUCCAGCCAACUCCGUUUGCGUGGCUCGUCAGCACCAGGGACGCUGUGAUUGCCUCAAUGGCUUUGUGGGUAAUCCCAACGACCGGAAUGGCUGCCAGCCGGCCCAGAAACACCACUGCAGAAACCAUGCCGAGUGCCAGGAGUCGGAGGCCUGCAUCAAGGAUGAGGCCACCCAAACCCUUGGCUGUCGACCAGCCUGCGAUACGGUCAAGUGUGGACCCCGUGCCGUUUGUGUCACCAACAAUCAUCAGGCACAGUGCCAAUGUCCACCUGGUCCGUUUGCCGGCGAUCCUUAUGAUCCCUUCAAUGGCUGUCAGAGUGUUCCUUGUGUCUACAACCAUGACUGUCCACCUAGCCAGAUGUGCAACCGUAUGACCCACACCUGUUUCGAUGUAUGCGACGAGGAGUCCUGUGGUGAGAAUGCCAUUUGCUUGGCGGAGGAUCAUCGUGCCGUCUGCCAGUGCCCACCUGGAUUUAAGGGAGAACCACUGCCGGAAGUUGCCUGUACCAAGCAGGGCGGUUGUGCCGCUGGAACCUGUCAUCCCUCGGCCAUUUGUGAAGUGACCCCCGAGGGACCGGUCUGCAAGUGUCCGCCGCUCUUCGUUGGCGAUCCCAAGUCGGGUGGUUGCCGUCCAGAUGGUCAGUGCCCGAAUGGAGAUGCCGACUGCCCGGCAAACACAAUCUGCGCUGGAGGAAGAUGCCAGAAUCCCUGCGACAAUGCCUGUGGCUCGAAUGCCGAGUGCAAGGUGGUCAACAGGAAGCCCGUCUGCAGUUGUCCCCUGCGAUUCCAGCCUGUUUCCGAUACGGCCAAGGAUGGAUGUGCCCGAACCAUAUCCAAUUGCCUCACGGAUGUCGACUGUGGAGGAGCAUUGUGCUACAAUGGACAGUGCCGUAUUGCCUGCAGGAACAGCCAGGAUUGCUCCGAUGGCGAAAGCUGUCUAAAGAACGUCUGCGUGGUGGCCUGUCUGGAUCACAGUCAGUGCUCCACGGGAUUAGCCUGCGUCGAGGGCCACUGCACCAUCGGCUGUCGCAGCAACAAGGAGUGCAAGCAGGAUCAGUCCUGCAUUGAGAACAAGUGCCUAAAUCCCUGCCAGUCGGCCAGUAGCUGUGGUCCCAAUGCCCUCUGCAGCAUUGCCCAGCACCGUAGCCAGUGCAGCUGCCCAGAGGGAUUCGAAGGUAAUCCCACUCCAGAACAGGGUUGCGUGCGUGUGCCCGCUCCCUGCUUGGCCAGCAAUCAGUGCCCCAGUGGACACAUGUGCAUCGGAAAUCAGUGUAAUCUGCCCUGUACCAAGACCUCCUCCUGUGCGGUUGGAGAACGUUGCUAUCAACAGGUGUGUCGCAAGGUGUGCUACACCAGCAACAACUGUUUGGCCGGAGAGAUCUGUAACUCGGACAGGACAUGCCAACCGGGUUGUGACUCCGAUGCCGAUUGUCCACCCACCGAGCUGUGCCUCACUGGAAAGUGCAAGUGUGCCACCGGAUUUAUUGGAACUCCCUUCGGCUGCUCGGAUAUUGAUGAGUGCACGGAACAACCCUGCCAUGCCAGCGCUCGAUGCGAGAACCUUCCGGGAUCCUAUCGAUGUGUAUGCCCCGAGGGAACUGUCGGCGAUGGAUACUCCCAGCAGGGUUGCUCGCAACCCAGACAAUGCAAUAAACCAGACGAUUGUGCCAAUAAUCUGGCCUGUAUUCAUGGAAAGUGCACGGAUCCUUGCUUGCACACCGUUUGCGGAUUAAAUGCCCACUGCCAGUCGGAGGGACAUGAAGCUUUAUGCACCUGUCCAGCUGGAUUUUUGGGUGACCCCAACGACACCGGAGUGGGUUGCUUCAAAGUGGAGUGCAUUGAUAAUGUGGAUUGUGCCGGAGAUCGUGCCUGCGAUGCGGAAACCAAUCGCUGUAUUAAACCCUGCGACCUUACAAGUUGCGGAAAGGGCAAUUGCCAGGUGGAAGACCACAAGGCUGUGUGUGCCUGCUACGAGGGCUAUCAGUUGGUCAACGGAGUGUGUGAGGAUGUCAACGAGUGCUUGUCGCAACCAUGCCACAGCACCGCCUUCUGCAACAAUCUGCCUGGAAGCUAUAAUUGCCAGUGUCCCGAGGGUUUGAUCGGAGAUCCCCUGCAGGCCGGUUGCCGGGAUCCCAAUGAGUGUCUGAGUGAUGCGGACUGUCCCGCCUCAGCCAGUUGCCAGAACUCCCGAUGCCGUAGUCCUUGCGAACGCCAGAAUGCUUGCGGACUGAAUGCCAAUUGCCAGGCGCAGGCUCAUCAGGCCAUUUGCACUUGUCCCCAGAACUCUCGCGGAGAUCCCACCGUCGAGUGCGUGCACAUCGAGUGCUCGGACAAUGACGACUGCUCAGGGGAGAAGGCCUGCCUGGACGCGAAGUGCAUCGAUCCCUGUUCCCUGCCCAAUGCCUGUGGAGCUCAGGCUCGUUGCUCGGUGCAGAACCACAUUGGAGUGUGCUCCUGUGAGGCUGGAAGUACCGGAGAUGCCAAGUUGGGAUGCGUGCAACUGCAGUACUGCCAGCAGGAUGGACAGUGUGCCCAGGGAAGCAUCUGCUCCCAUGGCAUCUGCAGUCCCCUGUGCAGCACCAAUCGGGAUUGCAUCUCGGAACAAUUGUGUUUGCAGGGCGUCUGCCAAGGAACCUGCAAGUCGAACUCUACUUGCCCCCAGUUCCAGUUCUGUUCGAAUAACAUUUGCACCAAGGAGCUGGAGUGCCGAUCGGAUGAUGAGUGUGGCGAGGAUGAGACCUGUCUCAGUGAUGCCUAUGGCCGGGCCAAGUGUGAGUCCGUGUGCCUGGGUCGUGCUGCAUGUGGCCGGAAUGCCGAGUGUGUGGCCCGUUCCCAUGCUCCCGACUGCCUCUGCAAGGAGGGAUUCUUCGGGGACGCUAAGUCCGGAUGCCGCAAGAUCGAGUGCAGCAGCGAUGAUGACUGCUCGAAUGACAAGAGCUGUGACAACCAUAUGUGCAAGAUCGCCUGCCUCAUCGGACAGCCGUGUGGAGAGAAUGCCCUCUGCACCACCGAGCACCACCAGCAGGUAUGCCACUGCCAACCAGGAUUCUCGGGAGAUCCGCGCGUGCGUUGCGAUGUCAUCGACUUUUGUCGCGAUGCUCCGUGCGGACCCGGAGCCCGUUGCCGGAACGCGAGGGGGUCGUACAAGUGCACCUGUCCCCCGGGACUCGUUGGUGAUCCGUACAACGAGGGCUGUCGCAGCUCCGUCGAGUGCGAGACCAACGAGGACUGUCCCCCGCACGCUGCAUGCACCACAACCAAUGGGGUGGCCAAGUGCCGCGAUGUCUGUGCCCAGCUGCAGUGUGGCCCCAAUGCGGAAUGUGUUCCGAAGGGCCAUGUCGCGCAGUGUGCAUGCCGCAGCGGCUACGAUGGCCAACCCGCCGACCGGGUGGCCGGGUGUAAGCCGCUGCCCGUUCCCUGUCAGGUCACCGGCGACUGUCCGACCAACACUUACUGCUCGGAUAGCGUCUGCAAACCUGCCUGUGUUCUGGACACCGAAUGUGGAGCAUCCGAGGUGUGUCAAGGUGGCCAAUGCUUCAAUCCCUGCCUACAGCCGCAGGCUUGUGGACAGAAUGCCGAGUGCGUGAUGCAGAAUCACCUGAAACAGUGCCAUUGUCCGGAGGGCUUCACUGGUGACUCAGCCAAGGAGUGCGUGCGUGUGCCGGUGGCCUGCGAUGUGGACUGUGCACCAGGAUACACCUGCCGUGACUCCAUGUGCCUGCCUGUGUGCCACAACGAUCUGGAGUGCGCCUCCAACGAGAAGUGCCUGAAGGGCAAUUGUAUGCUGACCUGUCGAGUGGACAACGAUUGCUUCCUGGGUCACGUUUGCCUGCACAACAAGUGCGUGUAUGGCUGCCAUGUGGAUGAUGACUGCAGUGCCUCCGAGUCCUGCCGCAAUGAUAAGUGCGUAAACCCAUGUGUGGAGAAUCCCUGUGGUCCCAAUGCCGCCUGUUCGGUGUCCAACCACCGGGCCAGCUGCAGCUGCCUGGAGAGCAUGGUGCCCAAUCCCACGCCCCAGGUGGGCUGCGUCCGAUCUCCCCCCUUGGAAUGCCGCGAGAAUCGCGACUGUGGCAAUGGAUUGGCCUGCUUCGAGUCGGUUUGCCGACCUCUGUGCGCCGAUGAUGCCGGCUGUUUGACCAACGAACGCUGCCAGCAGGGAGUUUGCAAGCCCCUCUGCCGCCACGACAACGAGUGCGGUCAUGGAGAACUCUGCCUGGGACUGAACUGUGUUCCCGGCUGCCGCUCCGAUCAGGGCUGUCCCCAGGACUUGGCCUGCGUGGGCCAGCAGUGCGUGGAUCCCUGUGCCGAUCCCACAGCCUGCGGCACCAAUGCCCAAUGCCAGACGAUCGAUCACAGGAAACAGUGCUCUUGCCCGGAGGGUCUGGAUGGCAAUGCCAAUGUGGCCUGCAAGGUGCCACGCAUUGCUUGUGGAAGGAACGAGGAUUGCCAGUCGAAUCAGCUCUGCUAUGCCGGCAGCUGCCAAGGAAAGUGCAGAAACGAUCAGAACUGCCUGGCGGAUGAGCGUUGCAUGAGGGGCACCUGUAGGACCGUGUGCAACACGGAUGAGGCCUGUGCCCAGGGACAGAUUUGCGAGAAUCGCAUGUGCCAGACUGGAUGCCGUACGGAUUUGAGUUGUGCCAGCGACGAGGCCUGCGUGAACAAGAAGUGCCAGAACCCAUGUCGCACGCCGGGUCAAUGUGGCCAGUGUGCCGACUGCCUGGUGGUCAACCAUGGAGUCCAAUGCCAGUGCCCCGCCUCCUUCAUGGGCGACGGUCUGACUGGUUGUCAACUGCCGCCGGAACGUUGCCAUCCCGGCUGCGAGUGCGAUGAGAACGGAGCCUAUUGUGCCACCAAGUGCUCCAGAAGCGAGGACUGCGCCUGCGGACAGCAGUGUGCCCGAGGAAAGUGCCGGAACAAGUGCGGACCUAAGCGUCAGUGUACGGUGGGUCAGCUGUGUGAGCGAGGAGCUUGCAUUGCCGGAUGUAAAUCGAAUGGAGACUGUGCCGCCGACCAGAGUUGUGUGAAUGGAAAGUGCUCGGAUCCUUGUGCCAAUGACAAGGCCUGCGGAAGGAAUGCCCUCUGCACCGUGUCCGAACACCGGAUGCUCUGCUACUGCCCCGAUGGCUACGAGGGUGAGCCUAGCAAGGAGUGCGUGCAGUUCGAGUGCCGUGUGGACACCGAUUGCGAUAGCAACAAGCGUUGCGACCAAGGCAAGUGCCGUAAUCCCUGCCUGGAGUAUGGAGCUUGCGGCACCAAUGCCCAGUGUCGGGUGGUGGGUCGCAAGGCCCAGUGCUCCUGUCCACCGGACUUCUUUGGCAACCCGAUCAGUGAGUGCCGACCCCUGGAAGGAGGUUGCUCAAGCAAACCCUGUGGGGAGAACUCCAAGUGCACUGAGGUGCCUGGAGGCUAUGAGUGCGCCUGCAUGGAUGGCUGCAUUGGAGAUGCCCACCAGGGAUGUCUGUGCGGUGGACCGCUGGUGAAUGCCUGUCAGGAUCAGCCUUGUGGCUUGAACGCCGCCUGCCAUGUGCUGGACAAUAACCAAGCCGAGUGCUACUGCCCGGAGGACUUCCCCAAUGGAGAUGCCUAUGUGCAAUGUUACUUGACCCCACCAAAGCAAGAUUGUCGCACCCAAGGAUGUGAAGUGGGUGACUGUGUGCGCCAGGGCUACGAAUAUGCCUGCCAGCAGGACACCGAACAAUGCUACUCAGAUACGGAUUGUCCCAGUGAAAAGUCAUGCCUCCAAGGACACUGCAGCGAUCCUUGUACAAUGCGUGGCGUGUGUGGUUUGAAUGCGCUCUGCAAAACCGUACUGCAUCGUCCGCGCUGCUCCUGCCCCAGUUGCCACGUUGGUCGGCCGGAGGUCGAGUGCAAGCCCGAUCCCAAGUGUUUGUUGGAGGACACGGAUGCGAAGACCAAGGAGCAGAUCCCAUGCUCUAGGGACUCCGAGUGUCCGGAGACGUUGCAGUGCGGCCAGUAUGGCCAAUGCACAGAUCCUUGCAACAACCCACUCUUCAUCUGCGAGAGCAACAAGAAGUGCGAGACGCGACGCCAUCAGCCGGUUUGCAUCUGCAAGUCUGGCUUCAUAGUGAAUGAGUACGGGGAACUGACGUGUGCCCCCGAUAAGCGGGAGUGCUAUCGCGAUGAUGACUGCGCCUCGAACAUGGCCUGCACCGAUGGCAAGUGCCGCAAUCCUUGCAUCGUACCCCUGGGCCGUGCCGCAAUCUGUGCGGAGAACAAGUCCUGCGAGGUGCAGAACCACAAGCCCGUUUGCAUUUGUAUGCGCGAUUGCCAGCCAUCGAUAUCGAUUUGCCUGCGCGACGCCGGAUGUCCGGCGAGCCAGGCCUGCCGGAAGCUCAAGUGCGUCGAUCCGUGCGAGUUUGCCACAUGCGCACCCAACUCGCCAUGCAUUGUCGAGGAUCACAAGCCGAUAUGUAAAUUCUGCCCAGCUGGAUUUAUAGCCGAUGCCAAGAAUGGAUGUCAAAAAGAAAUCGGUUGCGCAUCGAGUGAUGAGUGCCCCUCCCAGCAGGCGUGCAUUAAUGCUCUUUGCGUGGAUCCUUGCACCUACGACAAUCCCUGCAGCCGUAAUGAAGAUUGCCGUGUGUUCAACCAUCAGCCGCUGUGCUCAGCCGAACAUGGUCGCACACCUGGCUGUGAGCAUUGUCCACCAGGCGCGAACUGCGAUCCCACGACAGGUGCUUGUAUAAAGGCUAACGUAACAAUAACAACUAUUACUACCAAGAACUCCACAUCUACCAAGAUACCAACGAAACCAAGAACAACAGCUAACCCAAACACAGGCGUCAAAACGACGCCGACAACCACAAGGGUCACCACAAGAACCACGACCACAACCACUACUACCACUUCCUCCACUAGCACUGAAUCGAGCACAAUCACAAGCGCUACUAACCAGACCAGUAAGAAUCACAAACCAGACACAGAAAGCACCACCUCCCACACCGAUGCCACGAGACGCUAUCGCGAUGGUGAGAACAAUAUAACCGAUACACCAACUCCAAGGCCCACGGUCCAGAUGACAAAGUUGCGAGGCGAAGAUAUCAUAGGCGACAGUCAGAGGCGGUCUACUACGACGCCCAAAAUGAAGACCACCCGGCUGGAUACUUCGAACGAAGUCCCAGAUACCACUACACCUUGGCCGAUCGAGCUGCCAACCACGGAGGGCACCACCACGGAGGUCUACAACACCAUGAUUGCUCCGCUGGGCAACACCACUGACACCUCAUUAAUUAACCCAUGUACAGUAGAUACUAACUGUGCUCCUAACGAGCACUGUAAGCUGGGCCAUUGCCGUAAGAAAGAACCGCCGGGUUCACCGAAAACACCCGAACCCUGUCAAUCUAACAACGACUGCAUUGAGAGCGAGGCCUGUUACAUGGGUCUGUGCCAGGAUCCCUGCGAGUUUGCCAAGAUUUGUGCCGCGACUGCCAAGUGUACGGCCAAAAGUCAUCGACCAGUUUGCACCUGUCCGCAGGGCCAUGAGGGCAAUCCGAUGGUCAAGUGUGUAACCACUCAAACCUCAAUUGAAUGCACUGACGAUUCGGACUGUGGUGUCACGGAAGCGUGCAUAAAUCAGCUCUGCCAGCAUCCUUGCGAUGUCCAUGAUCCUUGCGCCACGAAUGCCGUUUGCAUUAACACCAACCAUGCAGCCGAUUGCAGCUGUGCAGAUGGCUUCCAGGGCAAUGGAUUUGUUGGCUGUCAGCCAGCACGUACCCAUGUCUGUCAAUACAACGAGGACUGUCCGCCGACGAAGCUCUGUGAUCGCCUGAACCGUCGCUGCAUUAAUCCCUGCCAAGAGGACUCGUGCGGCGAGAAUGCCGAGUGUAUACCCGUGAACCAUGGAACUGACUGUCGCUGCCUGCCCGGAUUCCUCGGAAACGCCUAUGUGCAGUGUCUUCCCAGUCAGGGUUGCCGUUCCGAUUCCGAGUGUGAUUCCAGUCAGGCCUGCAUCAACGGAAAGUGCUCAUCGCCCUGCCAGUGUGGAGCUUUUGCCCUCUGCGAUGUGGUCAACCAUCGCGGUGUAUGCAAGUGCCCUCCUGGCUACAACGGCAAUCCCCAGGUGGGCUGCAGUCCACCUCAAGACCCUUGCGACCCCAAUCCAUGUGGCUUAAAUGCCCUGUGCGAGCUGGACAAUGGUAAUCCCAUCUGCUACUGCCCCAAGGGUCUUACAGGAAAUCCCUUUAAGAAUUGCAUUCCUGAGGGAGACGAGUGCACGCCAAAUCCUUGUGGACCCAACUCUGGAUGCCGUCGCGUGGAUGGCAACCCGAUUUGCUUCUGCCUGCCGGAAUACGAGGGUCAACCGCCGUCGAUUCCCUGUGAACUGCCCUCAAACCCCUGUGAUCCGUCGCCAUGUGGACCAAAUACCCAGUGCUCCGUUCUCAGCAACGGUUUCUCCAAGUGCACCUGUCUGCCGAACUAUGUGGAGAGCCCGAACACCAUCCGAGGCUGCGUUGAACCUAUCAAUCCAUGCGACCCCAAUCCCUGUGGAGUUGGUGCCAUCUGCGAUUCAUCGCGUCAGCCCGUCUGCUACUGUCCGGACAACAAGAUUGGAAAUCCGUUCAGGUUGUGCGACAAGCCGGCUGUUACCAUUGAGCUUUGUCAACCAGGACCUUGCGGCAAAAAUGCCGACUGCUAUGUGGCUGGAAAUCGCGAGGAGUGCUACUGUCGCUCCGGAUAUGUGGGAGAUGCUUAUCAAGGAUGCCGUGAACCCAGUCGCACCGUUUGCGAUCCCAAUCCUUGUGGACCCAAUGCUAACUGCGUGGUGGCCGGCGACGGACAAACCGCUUGCGUUUGUCCCGACGGCUUGUCCGGUGAUCCCACAUCCCUGAUUGGUUGCCACGGCUACGAGUGCCAGGUAGAUGCAGAUUGUCCCAACAGUAAGGCCUGCAUGGGCUACCGCUGCUACGAUCCCUGCCCCGGAGCCUGUGGCCAAGGAGCCCACUGCCAAGUCGAGGAACAUCACCCAGUUUGCUCCUGUAAUGCCGGAUUAACUGGCAACCCAGGAGUUCGCUGCUAUGCACUGGAUCAUCCCAAGACAAAUCCUUGCGUUCCAAGCCCUUGUGGCAGGAAUAGUGAGUGCAAGUUGCUGAAUAACCGAGCUGUCUGCUCCUGCAUCCCAGGUUAUCUGGGUGAUCCUCAGUCGGGAUGCCGGCCAGAAUGCGACAUCAACUCGGAUUGCGGUGAUACCUUGUCUUGCAUUAACCACAAGUGCGUGGAUCCCUGUGCCGGAGCGAUCUGUGGCAUCAAUGCCAUCUGCAAUGUGCGCCAGCACACUCCAGUAUGUCUCUGCUUGGACGGAUUCGUGGGCGAUGCUUUCUUGCAAUGCGUACCCAUUGGAAUACUGAAGAACGUUUCGCGGGAUCCGUGUGCCCCGUCGCCCUGUGGACCCCAUGAUGUUUGCUCGGUGUUUGGCGAUGGAGUGGCUCUUUGUGAUCCCUGCUUUGGACCCAAUGCCCAGCAGAAUCCCCGCUGCCGACCGGAGUGUGUGGCCAAUUCGGAUUGUCCGUUUGAUCGCGCCUGUUUAGGCCAGCGCUGUCAGGAUCCUUGUCCCGGAUCUUGUGGACGAAAUGCCAUCUGCAAUGUGUACGAACACAAUCCCGUCUGUGCUUGCCCCACGGGUCUUUUCGGAAAUCCCUACGAACAGUGCACCACGCAGUCGGUGGUGGAGCCACCACCACAACCAAGCUGCGCCAAGCUCCGCUGUGGUGUCAAUGCGGAGUGCAAGCGUCAGCACAGCGGUCUGGCCUGCGUCUGCCGCAAGGGUUACUUCGGAGACCCACACAUCGGUUGCAGACCGGAGUGCGUGCUCAACAGUGACUGUCCUGCGGAGAAGGCCUGCCUGAAUUCCAAGUGCGUGGAGGCUUGUGCCGGCGUUUGUGGCAUCAAUGCCAUUUGCCGCGUGGUGAACCAUGCACCGGUUUGCAUCUGUGCCGAGGGUUACAGCGGAGACGCCUCCAUUGCCUGCAAUCCUUUCUACCUGCCUCCACCUCUAGUGCGACCUAAUCCAUGUGAGCCAUCGCCCUGUGGACCGAACUCCCGCUGCAAGACCACUACAGAUGGCUAUGCAGCCUGUUCCUGCCUGCCGAACUUCAAGGGAGCUCCACCAGUCUGCCAGCCAGAGUGCGUGGUUAGCUCGGAGUGUGCCCCCAACCAGGCGUGUCUCAACCAGAGAUGUGCCGAUCCCUGUCCGGGUAUCUGCGGUGGAGGAGCUCGCUGCGAAGUGCUCAACCACAAUCCCAUUUGCUCUUGCGAGGCCAACUUCGAGGGCGAUCCAUUUGUGGCCUGCUCACCCGCUCAGGAUCCAGGUCGCGAUAUCGCUGUCGCAAAGAACCCAUGCGUUCCGUCCCCCUGCGGACCUAACUCCAUUUGCCAAAUCAAACAGAACCGACCAGUCUGCUCCUGUGUGGCCAACUACAUUGGCAGCCCGCCAUACUGCCGACCGGAGUGUACGUUGAGCAGUGAGUGUCCUACGGACAAGGCCUGCAUCCAGGAGAAGUGCCAGAAUCCGUGUGCCAACAUCUGCGGGCAUAAUGCCCGUUGUACGGUCAUUGCGCACUCCGCCCACUGUAGCUGCGAUGAUGACUACGAGGGAGAUGCCUUCAUCGGUUGCUCCAAGAAGGUUACAGCAAGACCCAAUGACCAAAUCAAUCCAUGCUACCCGAAUCCUUGUGCAGAGAACGCUGUUUGCACACCUCACAAUAAUGCCGCUCGCUGUACCUGCAUUGAGCCCUACAAUGGCGAUCCGUACAGCACCGGAUGUCGUCCGGAAUGUAUCUACAGCUCGGAGUGUCCCUCGUCGCUGGCCUGCAUCAAGCAGCACUGUCGCGAUCCCUGCACAGCUGCCUGUGGAGCUAAUGCGGAGUGCGCAGUGGUAAAUCACUUGGCCUCUUGCAGUUGCACUCGAGGAUUCGAGGGUAAUCCGUUCGAAGGAUGCAAGCGAGUGCCAAUUGUGCGACCCGAAAGCGUGUGUGAACCGAAUCCGUGUGGACCCAAUAGCGUCUGUCGCACCGUCGAGGGACAUCCCACGUGCAGCUGCCAGGUUGGCUAUUUCGGAGCUCCGCCCCAGUGCAGACCCGAAUGUGUGGUCAGCUCGGAGUGUGCCCAGCAUCUGGCCUGCAUCAACCAGAAGUGUACGGAUCCCUGUGCUGAGAAUUGCGGAUUCAACGCCAAGUGUCGGGUGAACAACCACAAUCCCAUCUGCUCCUGCCCACCCAACUAUGUUGGCAAUCCAUUCGAACAAUGUGUGCCGAAACCACCACCAGAAGCGGAACGCCAUGCGGAUCCUUGCCUACCCAGCCCAUGUGGCUCCAAUUCCGUUUGUCGCAAUGUGAACAAUCGAGCGGAGUGCUCUUGUGCCCCAGGAAUGUUUGGAGCCCCACCAAAUUGUCGACCCGAGUGUGUGAUUAACCAGGAUUGCCCAUCGAAUCGGGCUUGCAUACGUCAAAGAUGCGAAGAUCCCUGUAUCGGAAUUUGCGGCUUCAAUGCCGUGUGCUCCACUCAAAACCAUCAGCCCAAGUGCAGUUGCAUUGAGAGCUUCGAGGGUGAUCCGUACACCGCCUGCAGAAUGCGUGAGAUCGUGGUGCCAGAUCCACCCUCUGAUCCAUGCUACCCAUCGCCAUGUGGUGCCAAUGCCAUUUGUCGUGUGCGCAAUGGAGUCGGCUCCUGCACCUGCAUCCAAAACUAUUUCGGUGAUCCGUACAUCAAUUGCCGCCCGGAAUGCGUGCAGAAUAGCGAUUGUCCCUGCAGCCGGGCCUGUAUCAAUAUGAAGUGCCGCGAUCCGUGUGCCAAUGCCUGCGGAUUCAAUGCCAUCUGUCGGGUGGCCCACCACCAGCCGGUGUGCAGUUGUGAACCAGGUUUCACCGGCAAUCCUCUGCGCGCAUGCGUCGAAAGACCCACAAAUAUGUACCUGCCCCUGCCAAAAGACCCUUGUAGACCCUCACCUUGUGGCCUAUUCAGCACUUGCCAUGUGGUUGGAGAUCGUCCCGUGUGUGCCUGCUUGCCAGACUACAUGGGUGCUCCUCCCAACUGCAAGCCCGAAUGCAUGACCAGUGCCGAGUGUCCCUCGGACAGGGCCUGUAUCAACCAACGGUGCAAAGAUCCGUGUCCCGGAACUUGCGGCUACAAUGCUCGUUGUCGCUGCACCAAUCACUCGCCCAUCUGCAGUUGCUACGAUGGCUACACUGGGGAUCCGUUCCACCAGUGCGUGCCUGAAAGAAAACCACCGCCAAUAGCCGAUCCCAUUGUACCAGCCAAUCCUUGUGUGCCAUCACCUUGUGGACCCAAUUCUCAAUGCCAGGUUUCGAGCAGCGGAGCAGUCUGCUCCUGCUUAACCAACUACAUAGGACGUCCGCCUGGCUGUCGGCCAGAGUGCAGCAUAAAUUCCGAGUGCCCGGCCAGAAUGGCCUGCGUCAAUGCUCGAUGUGCCGAUCCCUGUAUCGGAUCUUGUGGAAACAACGCACUCUGUCAUGUCAGCCUGCAUGCCCCGGUUUGCAUGUGCGAACCUGGUUUCUCCGGCGAUCCGUUCUCCGGCUGCUACAAGAUCAUUGAGACGCCCAUUGAGGUGAUCCAACCUUGUCGUCCCAGUCCGUGUGGCUUGAAUGCCCUUUGCGAGGAGCGAAAUCAAGCCGCCGCCUGCAAGUGUCUACCGGAGUAUUUUGGCGAUCCGUACGUCGAGUGUCGCCCCGAGUGUGUCAUCAACUCGGACUGUCCCAGGUCGCGUGCCUGCGUCAACCAGAAGUGCGUGGAUCCGUGUCCAGGAAUGUGCGGUCACAACGCCCAGUGCGCUGUCUUUAACCAUGCCCCCAACUGCGAGUGCCUACCUGGUUACACGGGUAACCCCAUCGUUGGUUGCCACCAGGUCCCUGAGAUUCGCUAUCCUGACCCCAUAGUGCCCGAAAAUCCUUGCCAACCCUCGCCCUGCGGCCUCUACAGCAACUGUCGUCCGGUCAAUGGCCACGCAGUCUGCUCCUGUGUGCCCAACUACAUCGGUUCCCCUCCCAACUGCCGGCCCGAGUGCAUGAGCAGCUCGGAGUGUGCGCAGGACAAGUCGUGCCUCAACGAACGCUGCAAGGAUCCCUGCCCGGGCACCUGUGGCAAUAACGCCCUCUGCCGCGUGGUCAACCACAACCCCAUCUGCUCCUGCAGUCCCGGCUUCAGCGGUGAUCCCUUCGUGCGCUGCUUCCCGCAAGAGAAGCGGCCGGAAAUCACCCAUGAUCGCAUCGAUCCGUGCGUUCCCUCGCCAUGUGGUCCCAACUCUGAGUGCCGGGUAUCUCCUGCCAAUGAGCAGGCUGUCUGCUCAUGCUUGCAACAUUAUGUGGGUAGGGCCCCGAAUUGCCGGCCGGAGUGCACCUCGGACUCCGAGUGCCCCGGCAAUUUGGCCUGCAUCAAUCUGCGCUGCCGGGAUCCGUGUGUCGGUACCUGCGGCAUCCAGACCACUUGCCUUGUAAAUAAUCAUAGACCCAUUUGCCGCUGCAUUGACGGCUAUGCAGGGGACCCAUUCUCAGAGUGUAGUCCGAAGAUUAUUGUCCCGCCAGAGGUGGCACAACCCUGCAACCCCAGUCCCUGCGGCGCCAAUGCCGUGUGCAAGGAGCGCAAUGGAGUUGGCUCCUGCUCCUGCCUGCCGGAGUACAAUGGAGACCCCUACACCGAGUGCCGACCGGAGUGUGUGCUCAAUAGUGACUGCUCGAAGAACCGCGCCUGCCUCAACAACAAGUGCCGCGAUCCCUGUCCCGGUGUCUGUGGCGUCUCCGCCGAGUGCCAUGUGAUCAAUCACGCCCCCAGCUGCAGUUGUCCCUCCGGAUUCACGGGCAAUCCCUCGCAAUACUGUCGCGAGAUACCAAAAUUGGCCGCUCCCGUUGAACCAUGCCGUCCAUCGCCCUGCGGUCCUUAUAGCCAGUGCCGUGAGGUGAACGGCCAUGCGGUCUGCUCCUGCGUUACCAACUACAUUGGCACUCCGCCCGCCUGUCGUCCGGAGUGCUCGGUUAGCUCCGAGUGUGCUCAGGACAGGGCGUGCGUGAACCAACGCUGUGUGGACCCGUGUACGGGCAAUUGUGGCAACGAGGCCAUCUGCAAGGUGACCAACCAUAACCCGAUCUGCUCCUGCCCAGCCGGCUACAGCGGCGAUCCGUUCGUACGCUGUGCGCCAUGGCAGGAGGAGCCGGAGCAGCCCAAGUCCAAUGAGAAUCCUUGUGUGCCCAGUCCCUGCGGACGCAAUUCCCAGUGCCGUGUCGUGGGUGAGACGGGUGUCUGCUCCUGCCUGCCCAAUUUCGUGGGCAGGGCACCCAACUGCCGACCAGAGUGUACCAUCAACACCGAAUGUCCCGCCACCCUGGCCUGCGUCAAUGAGCGCUGCCAGGAUCCCUGUCCGGGAUCGUGUGGCUUCAAUGCCUUCUGCAGUGUGGUGAAUCACUCGCCCGUCUGCUCCUGCGACAAUGGUUACACUGGUGAUCCGUUCGCCGGAUGCAAUCCACAACCUCCGACCGUGCCCGAUGAGCGCCUGACUCCCUGCCAACCCUCGCCCUGUGGCCCCAAUGCCGAGUGCCGUGAGCGCAACGGAGCCGGCUCCUGUACUUGUUUGCCGGAGUACUUCGGUGAUCCGUACAGUGGCUGCCGUCCGGAGUGCGUGGUGAACAGUGAUUGCUCACGCGACAGGUCGUGUGUCAACCAGAAAUGCGUGGACCCGUGUCCAGGUGUUUGUGGUCUGAAUGCCCAGUGUCGCGUGUCCAAUCAUCUGCCCAGUUGCACUUGCCUGGCCGGAUACACUGGAAAUCCGUCAAGCGCGUGCCGUGAAAUUCCUCAGUUGCCCCCACCACCCGAACGGGAUGAGAACCCCUGUAGACCCUCGCCCUGUGGUCCCUACAGCCAGUGCCGCGAGGUCAACGGCCAUGCCGUGUGCUCCUGCCUUCAGGGUUACAUCGGCUCAGCGCCCAGCUGUCGGCCAGAGUGCAUCAUUAGCUCGGAUUGCGCCCAAGAUCUCAACUGUCAGAAUCAGAAGUGCGUGGACCCGUGUCCCGGCACUUGUGGCAUCGAGGCACGCUGCCAGGUCAUUAACCACUAUCCCGCAUGCUCCUGUGCCCCAGGUUUUACCGGAGAUCCCUUCAACCGGUGCACUAAGAUAUUGUUGGAGCCCCCACCCACCGAUAAGUCCGGUAAUCCCUGCAUCCCCUCACCGUGCGGACCCAACUCGAAAUGCCUCGAUGUCCGUGGUUCGCCUGCAUGCUCCUGUCUGCCCGAUUACCUAGGACGUCCGCCCAACUGCCGGCCCGAGUGCCUCAGUAGCGCCGACUGUCCUGCCAAUCUGGCCUGUGUGAACCAGCGCUGCUCGAACCCAUGCGUCGGCGCCUGCGGCCUGCACUCCGUGUGCACGGUCAUCAAGCAUCGGCCGGCAUGCGAGUGUGUGCCUGGUUACACCGGAGAUCCCUUCUCCGGCUGUGCGAUCGUACAGCAAAUUCCCCCGCCGGAUGAGCCCAGGAACCCCUGCAAUCCUAGUCCCUGUGGAGCUAAUGCCAUUUGCCGGGAGCGCAAUGGAGCUGGCUCUUGCGCCUGCCUGCCGGAGUACUUUGGUGAUCCGUAUAGCGGCUGCCGCCCGGAAUGUGUUCAGAACGACGACUGCGAUCGCUCGCGUGCCUGCAUCAACAACAAGUGCCAGGAUCCAUGUCCCGGAGCCUGUGGCAUCAAUGCCGAGUGCAGGGUCUUGAAUCAUGGACCAAACUGCAACUGUUUCGAUGGCUACACCGGAGAUCCGCAUCGCUCGUGCUCGCUGAUCGAGAUGGUCACCAGACGCCCGGAGAACCCAUGUCAGCCCUCACCCUGCGGACCGUACAGCCAGUGUUUGGACACCAACAGUCAUGCUGUGUGCAGCUGCUUGGAGGGCUACAUUGGAGCUCCUCCUAGCUGCAAACCAGAGUGUGUGGUCAGUUCGGAGUGCCCUCAGAACCGGGCGUGCAUAAACCAGAAGUGCGAGGAUCCAUGCCGCGGAUCGUGCGGUAACAAUGCCAAGUGCCAGGUCGUGAACCACAAUCCCAUCUGUACGUGCCAGCCCGGCAUGACGGGAGAUCCGAUCUCGGGCUGUGAGCCUACUCCUGAGGUCAAGAACGUGGAGAACCCGUGUGUGCCAUCGCCAUGUGGACCCAACUCCGUUUGCCGUGAGAUUGGCAACCAGGCCGCUUGCUCUUGCAAGACCAACUACAUUGGACGACCGCCGACUUGCCGGCCGGAAUGUACCAACAACGACGAGUGCCAGAACCAUCUGUCCUGCCAGCAGGAGCGCUGCGUGGAUCCGUGUCCCGGUUCGUGUGGCAGCAACGCCAUCUGCCAGGUGGUGCAGCACAAUGCUGUGUGCUCCUGCGCCGAUGGAUACGAGGGAGAACCGCUCUUUGGCUGCCAGCUGAUCCCAGCAGUGAGGCCAACUGAGUCACCGACCUCGCCCUGCGAACCCUCGCCCUGUGGCCCACAUGCCGAGUGUCGAGAGAGGAAUGGAGCUGGAGCCUGCUACUGCCACGAAGGAUUCGAGGGUAAUCCCUAUGAUGCCCAGCGAGGAUGCCGACGAGAGUGCGAGAAUAACGAUGAGUGCUCCGCUGUUCAAGCCUGCUCUCGAUUCAAGUGCGUCGAUCCGUGCAACAAUAUCUGCGGCGACUACGCCAUUUGCACAGUUGACAAACAUGUGCCCACUUGUGACUGUCCUCCGGGAUACACUGGAGAUCCGUUCUUCAGCUGCAAACCUGUGCCGGUCACGCCUCGUCCUCCGUUGAAUCCAUGCAAUCCGUCUCCCUGUGGACCCAACAGCAACUGCCGUGCCAUGAACAACCAGGCGGUGUGCUCCUGCCAGGCAGGAUUCAUCAACCAGCCGCCUAAUUGCAAGCCCGAGUGCGUGGUCAGCGCCGAGUGCGCUCCGGAAAGGGCCUGUGUGAACAAGAAGUGUGUGGAUCCCUGUCUGCACACCUGUGGCAUCCGAGCCAUCUGUACCACCAAGAACCACAGCCCCAUCUGCACGUGCCCACGUACCAUGACCGGAGAUCCGUUUGUCGAGUGCACUAGAGUUGCCAUCACGAAUGACAAUACGACACCGUCGCCGGAACCCGCAUCAUGUGUACCUUCUCCUUGUGGACCCAACGCCAAGUGCCAAAUCGUGGGCAACAGUCCGGCCUGCUCCUGCCUGCCCAAUUUCAUUGGAGCCCCGCCUCGCUGUCGUCCGGAGUGCGUAUUGAACUCUGAGUGCGGACCCACGGAGGCGUGCAUCAACCAGAAGUGUGCCGAUCCCUGCUCCGGAUCCUGCGGAUUCGAGGCCAAGUGCCAUGUGCUCAACCACCUGCCCAUCUGCAAUUGCAUCGAUGGCUACGAGGGAGAUCCUUUCGUGCGUUGCACCAAGAAGGAAGAAGAAAGAACUCCACCACCGGUGAACGAUCCAUGCAACCCUAGUCCGUGUGGUCUAAAUGCAGACUGCUUUGCCGGAGAGUGUCGCUGCCAGAAUAACUACCAAGGAAAUCCCUACGAAGGAUGUCGUCCGGAGUGCACACUCUCGGCUGAUUGUCCCAGGGAUAAGGCCUGUAUGCGCAACCGCUGUGUGGAUCCCUGCCCAGGAAUCUGCGGCAACAAUGCUAUGUGCGAGGUGAUGAACCACAUCCCAGUGUGCUCAUGCGUGCAGGGCUACGAGGGUGAUCCGUUCGUAAACUGUCGUGUGAAACCCGUCGUAGAGGACCCUAUAAUUGAGGCCUGUUCCCCAUCGCCCUGCGGAUCCAACAGCCAGUGCAGAGAUGUCAACGGACAUGCGGUGUGCUCCUGUCUGGAGGGCUACAUCGGAGCACCGCCUCAGUGCCGUCCCGAGUGUGUAGUGUCCAGCGAGUGCUCCGCCCUGCAAGCUUGUGUCAACAAGAAGUGCGUGGAUCCCUGCGCCGCUGCCUGCGGCUUGGAGGCCCGCUGUGAGGUCAUCAAUCACAGUCCGAUCUGUGGCUGCCCACCUGGCCGAACUGGUGAUCCGUUCAAACAGUGCGUGAUUCUGCAACCUGUUCCCGCACCGGAUGUCAAGACACCUCCUCAAGAUCCCUGCGUGCCCUCGCCCUGCGGACCCAACUCCAUCUGCAAGCCAGAUAGGAAUGGACCCGUCUGCCAGUGCCAAGCCGAGUUCUUUGGCUCACCGCCCAACUGCCGACCCGAAUGCAUCAUCAAUCCGGACUGUCAAUCUACACAGGCGUGCAUCAACAACAGAUGCAGCAAUCCCUGUCCAGAAUCCUGCGGAACCAACGCCGAGUGUCGUGUCAUAGGACACGCUGUGUCCUGCUCUUGUCCACCUGGAUAUGCUGGCAACGCCUUUGUCCAGUGUGUGCCGCAGCAGGAGGAGCCGCCGAAACCAUGCCAGCCAUCGCCAUGUGGAGCGAAUGCCGAGUGCAUUGAACGGAAUGGAGCCGCUGCCUGCAAGUGUAUUGAUGAAUACCAGGGCAAUCCCUACGAGGGAUGUCGCCCCGAGUGCGUACUAAGCUCCGAUUGUUCCACGGACAAGACCUGCAUCCGCAACAAGUGCCAGGAUCCUUGUCCCGGAAUCUGUGGAUUGAACGCCCAGUGCUAUGCUGUGAACCAUGUGCCCAACUGUGUCUGCAAUGACGGCUAUACUGGAGAUCCGUUCGCCAGUUGUCGCCGAGUGGAGGUCUCUACCCCACCACCAGUUGCAGAUCCCUGCAAUCCAUCUCCUUGCGGAGCCAACAGCAAGUGCAGGGUGGCCAAUGGUUUGGCCGUAUGCUCCUGCCUGGAUACCUUUAUUGGAGCUCCACCCAAUUGCAAACCAGAGUGCACGGUCAAUGCCGAAUGUCCUUCGAACAAGGCGUGCCACAAAUUCCGCUGCGCUAAUCCUUGCGCCAAGACGUGCGGCCUGAAUGCCAAGUGCGAGGUGAUUAACCAUAAUCCGAUCUGCAGCUGUCCACUGGACAUGACGGGCGAUCCAUUCUCACGUUGCUAUCCAGCUCCUCCACCGCCGCCUCCGGGUCGCGAUGAGCCUGUAAGGAGACCAUGCCAACCAUCGCCUUGUGGAUUGAACUCCGAGUGUAGGGUGCGUGACGACCAGGCCUCCUGCUCCUGCCUGCCCAACUUCAUUGGAGCUCCGCCCAACUGCCGUCCCGAGUGCGUUGUGAACACGGAUUGCUCGCCAGACCGAGCUUGCAUCGCCGAAAAGUGCCGCGAUCCCUGCGACGGAUCCUGCGGCGUGGACUCCGAGUGCCGUGUUCAGAAUCACCUGGCCAUCUGUACCUGUCGUGGCGGAUUUACCGGCGAUCCGUUCGUCCGUUGCAUCGAAUUCAUCGAAGAGACCACAAAGUCACCGCCACUUUCCCAGGAUCCUUGCGACCUGCAGCCAUGUGGAUCGAAUGCCGAGUGCAGGAAUGGAAUCUGUACCUGCCUGCAGGAUUACCAAGGAGAUCCGUACACCGGUUGUCGCCCAGAGUGUACUUUAAGUACCGAUUGUCCACCCACCAAGGCUUGCCUGAACAAGAAGUGUGUUGAUCCCUGCCCCGGAGUGUGUGGUCAGAACUCGCAAUGCGAUGUCUCCAACCAUAUACCCAUAUGCAGUUGUCUGCAGGGCUACACGGGCGAUCCGUUUGUCCACUGUCGCCACGAGACGCCAGUGGCCAAGGAUCCAUGUCAACCAAAUCCCUGCGGACCCAACUCCCAGUGCCACAUUUCCGGUCAAGGACCUGUGUGUGCCUGUCAACCGGGAAUGCUGGGCUCACCGCCCGCCUGCAAACCGGAGUGCAUUGUCAGCUCGGAGUGCUCGCUGCACACAGCCUGUGUGAACAGGAAGUGCGUGGAUCCCUGCCCCGGUGCCUGUGGACAAUUUGCCCGCUGCCAGGUGAUCAACCACAACCCGUCAUGUUCCUGCAACACUGGAUACACGGGCGAUCCGUUCACUCGCUGCUACCAGGAGGAAAGAAAACCACCACCGACCCCAGAGAACCCAUGUCAGCCAUCGCCUUGCGGACCCAAUUCCGAGUGCAAGGUGCUGAAUGGCAACGCAGCCUGCUCGUGUGCCGCUACCUUUAUUGGAACGCCACCCAGCUGCCGACCAGAGUGCUCCAUCAAUCCGGAAUGUCCACCGACCAAGGCCUGCAUCCGCCAGAAGUGCUCGGAUCCGUGUGCGAAUGCCUGUGGAUUCAAUGCCCGCUGUAAUGUGGCUAAUCAUCAACCCAUCUGCACCUGCGAUGUGGGCUAUACUGGAGAUCCGUUUACCGGCUGUCAAAAGGAACAAGAACGCAUUGUCAAUGAGCAGGUGACCCCCUGCGAACCCAAUCCCUGUGGCUCAAAUGCUGUGUGCCGCGAAAGAAACGGCAUUGGGUCCUGCCAGUGCCUGCCCGAUCAUUUUGGUGACCCGUAUCAGUCGUGUCGUCCGGAGUGCGUCCGUCACUCGGACUGCCCGUCCAACAGGGCGUGCCAGCAGCAGAAGUGUCGCGAUCCCUGUCCAGGUACCUGUGGCACCAAUGCGGACUGCAGUGUGACGAACCACCUGCCUACCUGUACUUGCCGCACCGGAUACACGGGUGAUCCGUACCGCUACUGCCAUGUGGAACCACCCCAACUCCCUGCCCGUGUGACCGAACCCAGCCAACCCUGUCGCCCCUCACCAUGUGGUCCCAACUCCCAGUGUCGCGAACUCAACGGUCAGGCCGUCUGUUCCUGCCUGGAGCUCCACAUCGGUCUGCCCCCCAACUGCCGGCCAGAGUGUGUAUUGAGUACCGAAUGCCCCACCGAUAAGGCUUGCAUCAGCCAACGUUGUCAGGAUCCCUGUCCAGGAACUUGUGGCAUCAACGCCGAGUGCCGAGUGCGUAGUCACAGUCCUCUGUGUCAGUGUCGUCAAGGUUUCACUGGUGAUUCCUUUACCCGCUGCUACCCCCUGCCACCCCCACCACCUGUAAUCGAACGUGUUGAGCGUGACCCUUGCCUGCCGUCACCAUGCGGUCUAAAUAGUCAAUGUCGCAAUGUGCAAGGUGUGCCAUCCUGUUCCUGUUUGCCGGAUUUCUUGGGGGCUCCGCCCAACUGUCGACCUGAGUGCACCAUCAGUGCAGAAUGUCCCUCCAAUUUGGCUUGCAUACGGGAGAAGUGUAUAGAUCCCUGUCCCGGUUCCUGCGGCUAUGCUGCCGAGUGUAAUGUGGUUAACCACACGCCCAUUUGCGUGUGUCCAGCUGGCUUCACCGGAGAUCCGUUCAGCAGCUGUCGUCCAGCACCACCUCCUGAACCUACGCAGAACGAAUACGUGGAUCCCUGCAACCCAUCUCCGUGUGGCCCGAAUGCCCAGUGCAACGCUGGAGUCUGCACUUGCCUGACCGAAUUCCAUGGCGAUCCCUAUUCCGGCUGCCGGCCCGAGUGCGUUUUGAAUUCCGACUGUCCUCGGGAUAAGGCUUGUCAUCGCAGCAAGUGUGUUAACCCCUGUCCGGGAACUUGUGGCGAGAAUGCCAUAUGCGAUGUAAUUAAUCACAUACCCAUGUGCAGAUGCCCGGAACGCACUGCUGGCAGCGCUUUUAUCCGCUGUUCUCCUGUCCAGAUUUCAGUGACCAAUCCAUGCCGACCCUCACCGUGUGGUCCCAAUUCUCAGUGCCGCGAGGUUAAUCAGCAGGCAGUGUGCUCGUGCCUGCCAAGCUUUAUUGGAGCUCCACCUUCCUGCCGACCUGAGUGCACCUCAAACGCGGAGUGUGCACCCACCCAGGCUUGUCUCAACCAACGGUGCGGAGAUCCCUGCCCGGGAACAUGUGGAGUGGGAGCCAACUGUGCUGUUGUCAGCCACAGUCCCUUCUGCACUUGUCCUCCGAGGUUCACGGGUAAUCCCUUCAUUCGUUGUCAGCCACAGAUUGAAGCUCCUGUUCGUGAUGUCACUCCCGUUGAUCCCUGUCGCCCAUCUCCCUGUGGACCCUACUCCCAGUGUCGCCCAGUGGGCGAGGCUCCUGCCUGUUCCUGUCUGGAAACCUACAUCGGACGACCUCCGAACUGCCGCCCAGAAUGUGUUACAAGUUCGGACUGCUCAAGUCAACUGGCCUGUGUCAACCAGAAGUGCGUCGAUCCCUGCCCUGGACGUUGUGGCAUUAAUGCCGAGUGUCAUGUGGUUAGCCAUGCAGUGCAAUGCAUCUGCCAGCAGGGCUUCAGUGGAGAUCCGUUUGUCCAGUGCCGACCAGAGAUCGCAUAUGAAAAUGAAAUUCGCACUCCGUGCAGCCCAAGUCCAUGUGGACCGAAUGCCGUGUGCCGCGAUCGAAAUGGAGUUGGAUCCUGCCAGUGUCUGCCGGAGUACUUUGGAGAUCCCUACGCGGGUUGUCGCCCGGAGUGCAUGCUUGACUCGGAUUGUCCCUCGAAUAGGGCUUGCCAGCAACUCAGAUGCCAGGAUCCCUGCCCAGGAACUUGUGGUCAAAAUGCCAACUGUCAAGUGGUUAAUCAUUUGCCGCAAUGUACUUGCCUCACCGGAUAUGUGGGUGACCCAUACCGCCUAUGUAAUCGACUGCCAGAACCACCACAAAACGAGUAUGUUAAUCCCUGUCAGCCCACUCCUUGUGGUCCCAACUCUCAAUGUCGCGUAUCCAAUGAGCAAGCGGUAUGCUCCUGCCUGCCCUUGUUCGUGGGAACUCCACCUUCCUGCCGUCCAGAAUGUACCAUCUCCUCGGAGUGUCCUGUGGAUAGGGCAUGUGUUAAUCAGAAGUGCGUGGAUCCUUGCGCAGCGGAUACUUGCGGAAACAAUGCCAUUUGCAGGGUUCGCAACCACAGCCCCAUUUGCAGCUGCAUUAGUGGCUACACUGGCGACGCCUUCACUCGUUGCUUCCCCAUUCCACCGCCGAUUGUUGAGACCAAGGACGAACCUCUAAGGGAUCCCUGUAUACCAACACCCUGUGGUCCCAACUCCGAAUGCCGCAAUAUUAACGGAGUGCCUGCCUGUUCCUGCCUGGCUAACUUUGUUGGUCAGGCUCCCAAUUGUCGCCCAGAGUGUACUAUAAACUCGGAAUGUCCUAGUCAACAAGCGUGUAUCAACCAAAAGUGCCGCGACCCCUGCCCCGGAGCCUGCGGUCAAAAUGCAGUUUGCAGUGUCAUCAAUCAUACACCACUUUGCGCCUGCAUCGAUGGUUACAUAGGAAAUCCAUUCACCAACUGCAAUCCCAAACCUCCAGAACCUGUAGCACCACCAGUAGCCGACGAUCCUUGCAACCCAUCGCCCUGCGGAGCUAAUGCUCUUUGUCGAAAUGGCCAAUGCUCGUGUAUACCCGAGUACCAGGGAGAUCCGUAUGUCUCUUGUCGCCCAGAGUGCGUUCUAAACACAGAUUGUCCCAGAGAUCGGGCCUGUGUGCGCAACAAGUGCAUCGAUCCCUGCCCCGGAACUUGUGGGGUUAACGCCCUGUGCGAGGUUACCAACCAUAUUCCCAUUUGCCGCUGUCCAGAACAAAUGUCCGGUAAUGCUUUCUUCGAGUGCCGACCCGUGCCGCCAGCAAAGAUUCAAAAUCCCUGCCAGCCAUCGCCAUGUGGUCCGAACAGUCAGUGCCGCGUGGUCCAACAGACCGCAGUCUGUUCCUGUCUAGCUGACUAUGUGGGCAGUCCACCGCAGUGCAGACCGGAAUGUGUGACCAACUCUGAUUGUUCUGCCGAUCAAGAUUGUCAGAACAUGAAGUGUCGCGAUCCCUGCCCUGGUACCUGUGGCUUCAAUGCCCUCUGCAACGUGGUCAACCACCGUCCCUUCUGCAGCUGCCCCUCUGGCAUGUCCGGAAAUCCCUUCGUGAGCUGUCAGCAGCUAAUUAUUCGCGAUGAGAGACCACAGAAUCCCUGCCAGCCUUCACCUUGUGGGCCCAACUCCGAGUGUCGCGUAUCGGGAGAAUCGCCAUCCUGUUCUUGCCUACCCGAAUUUGUGGGUGCGCCGCCCAACUGUCGACCCGAGUGCAUUUCGAACUCUGAGUGUCCCACAAACCAAGCCUGCAUUAAUCAGAAAUGCGCCGAUCCCUGUCCAGGAUUGUGUGGUCAAAAUGCCAAUUGUCGGGUGUUCAGUCAUAGUGCCACAUGCAUGUGUGACAGUGGCUUCACCGGAGAUCCGUAUAGUCAGUGCAGUCCAUUUAGGGAUUCACCACCUGAAGUUCUGCAGCCUUGCAAUCCCAGUCCAUGCGGCGUGAACGCCAAGUGCGAGGAGCGUGGUGGUGCAGGGUCCUGCCAGUGCCUGCCUGAUUACUUCGGAAAUCCCUAUGAUGGUUGCCGUCCUGAGUGCGUUCUGAACUCUGACUGCCCCUCGAAUCGGGCAUGUGUCAACCAGAAAUGUCGCGACCCCUGCCCGGGUACCUGCGGCCAAAAUGCCGAGUGUCAGGUGGUCAAUCAUUUGGCCACUUGUAAUUGUCUGUCUGGUUACAAUGGAGACCCGUACAGCUUGUGUCGCGUAAUAGUCGACGAGCCACCUGAACGCGUUUAUGUGAAUCCUUGCCAGCCUUCUCCAUGCGGUCCUAACUCGCAAUGCCGUGAAGUCAACGAGCAAGGAGUUUGCUCUUGCUUGCCAGAGUUUAUUGGUAGUCCACCCGCAUGUCGUCCGGAGUGCACCAGUAGUUCGGAGUGCGCCGCCGACAAGGCUUGUGUGAACCGCAAGUGUGUGGAUCCCUGUCCGAAUGUUUGUGGUCAGCAAGCCGAGUGUCGUGUGCGUAACCACAAUCCCAUUUGCACCUGUCUCAGUGGAUUCACGGGUGAUCCAUUUACCCGUUGUUACCGCCAGCCGCCUCCUCCUCCGGUGAUCGAGCGUGAACCCCUUGACCCCUGUGUUCCUUCGCCUUGCGGAGCGAAUUCUCAGUGUCGCGAGAUUCACGGCACUCCAUCCUGCUCCUGCCUGCCCCAAUAUCUGGGUACUCCACCCAAUUGCCGUCCUGAGUGUUCCAUCAAUGCUGAGUGUCCCAGUCAUCAGGCCUGCAUUAAUCAGAAGUGCCGCGAUCCCUGUCCUGGCUCUUGUGGCCUCAACACCCAGUGCAAUGUGAUUAACCACACGCCCAUCUGCAGUUGUGUGUCCGGUUACGUCGGUGAUCCAUUCAGCGUUUGUAAUCCUCAACCAAUACCAGAGAAAAUUCGAGACCCACUUCCUCCUGAGGAUCCCUGCAACCCAUCGCCCUGUGGCUCCAACGCCCAAUGCAACAAUGGAGUGUGCUCUUGUUUGGCGGAAUACCAUGGUGAUCCUUAUACCGGUUGUCGUCCUGAGUGCGUCCUGCACACAGAUUGUGACCGUAGUAAGGCUUGUGUCCGUCACAAGUGCGUUGAUCCCUGUCCAGGUGUCUGUGGCACUAACGCGAUAUGUGAGGUUCUGAACCACAUACCCAACUGCCGCUGUUUAGAAAGAAUGGAAGGCAAUGCCUUCAUUCAGUGCAGCCCAAUUGCACAGCUCGACGUCGUGCAGAAUCCUUGCCAGCCCUCACCCUGCGGACCCAAUUCUCAGUGUCGCGUUGUCAACCAGCAGGCCAUCUGCACCUGCAUCACGCCCUUCAUUGGAAGCCCGCCAUUCUGUCGUCCGGAAUGUACCACCAACUCGGAGUGUCCCUUGAACCUGGCCUGUCGCAACCAGAAAUGCAGUGAUCCCUGUCCCGGCGUUUGUGGUCGCGGUGCCCAGUGCCAUGUUACCAAUCACUCUCCAUUCUGUCGCUGCUUGGAGCGUUACACGGGUAAUCCGUUUGUAAGUUGCCAGCAGAUCAUCGAACCACCGGUUCCGCCACCAAGACAAACCUGCCUGCCAUCACCCUGCGGACCAUACUCCCAGUGCCGUGAAGUAAACGAAUCGCCAUCCUGCACUUGUCUGGCGGACUACAUUGGUGUACCACCCAACUGUCGACCCGAGUGCGUGACCAGUUCAGAAUGUCCCACGAAUCAGGCCUGCAUUCAGCAAAAGUGUCGCGAUCCUUGUCCUGGACUGUGCGGUCAAUCUGCAGAAUGCAGAGUCCUUUCGCACACGCCAAGUUGCGUUUGUCCGGAGGGAAUGGAAGGUGAUCCGUUUACUCUGUGUACAGUGAAGAGGAUUCAGCAACUGGACCAGUUAGAUCCUUGCAAUCCCAGUCCUUGUGGAAUCAAUGCGCGCUGUACCUCACGCCAAGAUGCCGGUUCAUGUCAGUGCUUGCCAGAAUACUUUGGAAAUCCGUACGAGGGAUGUCGCCCUGAGUGCGUCCUCAAUUCGGACUGCCCAUCGAACAAGGCUUGCCAGCAGCAGAAGUGCCAGGAUCCCUGUCCAGGAACUUGCGGUCAGAAUGCCAUCUGUAAUGUACUAAAUCAUGUACCCAGUUGUAGCUGCAUAACAGGAUUCUCCGGCGAUCCGUAUCGCUCGUGUGUCCCAGAACCCGUCAAGGAGUACGUUAAUCCCUGCCAGCCGUCGCCAUGUGGUCCAAAUUCCCAGUGUAGGGAAGUCAACGAACAAGCCAUUUGCUCAUGUCUGCCGGAAUAUGUGGGUGCGCCGCCUGUGUGUCGCCCCGAGUGUACGAUAUCUUCAGAGUGCCCGGCUGACAAGGCCUGUGUGAACCAGAAGUGUGUCGAUCCCUGUCCCAACACUUGUGGGGAACAGGCCCUCUGCCGAGUGGUAAAUCACAGUCCUAUUUGUUCUUGUCGCGCCGGUUACACGGGCGAUGCCUUCUUCCGCUGUUUCCCUAAGCCUCCUGAACCACCAACUCCCAUACAAAAGGCACCAGUUGAUCCCUGUGUACCCUCUCCUUGUGGUCCCUACUCCCAGUGCCGUGCUCAGGGUGAUGCUCCCGCCUGUUCCUGUUUGGUGGGUUACUUGGGAGCUCCCCCCAACUGCCGGCCCGAAUGCCGCAUCAACGCCGAGUGUCCCAGCAGUCAGGCGUGCAUCAAUGAGAAGUGUAGAGAUCCCUGUCCCGGUUCUUGUGGCUAUGGGGCCAUUUGUAAUGUGAUUAAUCACACGCCUAGCUGCACUUGUCCAGCAGGAUACUCGGGAGAUCCGUUUAGUCAGUGCCAACCACUCCCACCACCGCCACCAACACCCGUUAAACUAGACGAUUCGUGCAAUCCCUCGCCCUGCGGUCCAAAUGCCCAGUGCAAUAAUGGACUCUGUACCUGCGUUCCCGAAUACCAUGGGGAUCCCUACAGCGGUUGCCGACCCGAGUGCAUCACCAGCGCGGAUUGCUCACGUGAGCUCGCCUGUUCGCGUCACAAGUGCUUUGAUCCUUGCCCCGGAACCUGUGCCCCCAAUGCCAUCUGUACUGUCCUUAACCACGUACCCAUGUGCACUUGUCCAGAGGGUUAUAAUGGCAAUGCGUUUGUUCAGUGCCAACCUGCACCACCCCCUGUUCUUGUCCAGCCCUGCCAACCCUCUCCAUGUGGACCCAAUUCCCAAUGCCGCGAGGUCAACCAGCAGGCUGUAUGCUCAUGUGUGUCAGGAUACUUUGGAACCCCUCCACUCUGUCGCCCGGAGUGUACAUCGAACUCCGAGUGUGUGUCCCACCUGGCGUGUGUGAACCAAAAGUGUAGUGAUCCUUGUCCCGGUUCAUGUGGCCGCAAUGCCCAGUGCAGUGUGGUUAACCACAAUCCGUUCUGUACCUGUCUGCCAAGGUUUACUGGAAAUCCAUUCGUGGGUUGUCAACAGAUCAUUGAGCCACCACGUCAAGAUAUUGUGCCUCAGGAUCCUUGUCGCCCAUCGCCUUGUGGUCCCAACUCUGAAUGUCGCCCUGUUGGUGAGACACCAACUUGCACCUGUCUUGCGGAAUUCGUUGGAUCACCACCUUAUUGCAAACCAGAAUGUGUGGCCAACUCUGAAUGUCCUUCGAACCUGGCUUGUAUCAAUCAAAAGUGUCGCGAUCCCUGUCCCGGGCUGUGUGGUCUAAGUGCCACCUGCCGCGUCGUCUCCCACACAGCAAUGUGUAUUUGCGACGUUGGCCUGACCGGAGAUCCCUUCACCCAAUGCCAGCCCAUUGUACAGGAUGUAGAGAUCAUCAAUCCCUGUCAGCCAUCGCCUUGUGGCGCCAAUGCCGAAUGCAUCCAAUGGAAUGGAGCUGGAGCCUGUCAGUGUCUCUCGGAUUACUUUGGAAACCCCUACGAGGGAUGUCGCCCGGAGUGUGUUCUGAACUCGGAUUGUCCCUCGAACAGAGCUUGUCAGCAGCAGAAGUGCCGUGAUCCCUGCCCCGGAAGCUGCGGACAGAAUGCCGAGUGCAAUGUGGUGAACCACACGCCCAUGUGCAACUGCUUCGCUGGAUAUAUCGGCGAUCCAUACCGCUAUUGUAGCCAACCGCCAGAACCUGUUGUCCAUGAGUAUGUGAACCCCUGUCAACCGUCCCCCUGCGGCCCGAAUUCUAAUUGUCGCGAGGUUAACGAGCAGGCAGUAUGCUCCUGCCGUUCCGAGUUCGAGGGAGCCCCGCCCAACUGCCGACCCCAGUGCACCUCGAGUUCAGAGUGCGCCCCCAAUAGGGCGUGCAUCAACCAAAAGUGCGUUGAUCCCUGUCCCGGUGUUUGUGGCCAGCAGGCAAUCUGCGAGGUGCGCAACCAUAGUCCCAUUUGUAGGUGUCCCACCGGCAUGACCGGCGAUCCCUUCGUGCGCUGCCUUCCCCGACCAACAAUUCCACCACCGCCCUUAAGGGAUGUAGCUCUGUACCGCGAUCCCUGCUUGCCCUCACCCUGUGGCCUCUACUCGUCGUGCAGGAAUCAACAGGAUCAGGCCGUUUGCUCUUGCUUGCCCAACUACUUUGGUACUCCACCGCAUUGUCGUCCUGAGUGUACCAUCAAUGCCGAGUGUCCAAGUCACUUGGCCUGCAUCGGCGAGCGCUGCCGCGAUCCUUGUCCCGGUGCCUGUGGUCAGCAGACCGAGUGCCGAGUUAUCAGCCAUGUUCCUAGUUGUGUUUGCCUGCGGGGCUAUGUGGGCGAUGCCUUCCUAGCCUGCCACCCGGCGCCACCACCACCAACCCGUGAAGAGCCACGAGAUCCAUGCAACCCCAGUCCCUGCGGCAGUAAUGCCAUUUGCUCCAAUCAGGGAGAGUGCACAUGUGUGGCCGACUAUCAGGGUGAUCCCUACGUGGCCUGUCGACCCGAGUGUGUUCUCAGUUCGGAGUGUCCCCGAAAUCUGGCCUGUGUACAGCAGAAAUGCACUGAUCCCUGUCCCGGAACCUGUGGCAACAAUGCCAUCUGCGAUGUGGUCAACCAUAUCGCUAUGUGUCAUUGUCCCGAUCGGAUGACGGGCAAUGCUUUUGUGCAAUGUACCCCAGUGCAAUUGGAUGUGUAUCGUAAUCCUUGUAGUCCCUCGCCAUGCGGCUCUUAUGCCGAAUGUAGGGAGCAAAACGGUCAGGCUGUGUGCAGCUGUCUUCCCAACUACUUUGGGGUUCCGCCCUCGUGUCGACCCGAGUGUAGCACCAACUAUGAUUGUUCCCCCAGUUUGGCGUGUCAGAAUCAGCGGUGCAUCGAUCCUUGUCCUGGAUCUUGUGGGGCCUAUGCCGAGUGUCGAACUGUCAGCCACAGUCCUUUCUGUAGUUGCAGACCCGGAUAUACGGGAAAUCCCAUCGUUCAAUGUCAUUUUAUUAUUGAACCCCAGCGAGAUAUUGUGCCCCAAGAUCCCUGCCAACCAUCACCAUGUGGACCGAACAGCGAAUGUCGACGCGUGGGAGACACACCUUCCUGCUCCUGCCUGUCUAACUUCUUUGGAACCCCACCCAACUGUCGACCCGAAUGUGUGUCCAACUCCGAGUGCAGUCAGUUGCAUGUUUGCACAAAUAACCGAUGCAGGGACCCGUGCCCAGGUCUUUGUGGCACUGAUGCCGUGUGUAGAGUGAUUAGUCACAGUGCCAUGUGCUACUGCCAACCGGGAUACAGCGGCGAUCCAUACGUUCGUUGUGAACCACAUAUCCAAAGGCAACCGGUUGAGGUAGUGCAGCCGUGCAAUCCGAAUCCCUGCGGCACCUUUGCCGAGUGUCGUCAGCAAAAUGGAGUCGGUUCCUGUCAGUGUCUGCCGGAGUAUUUCGGAAAUCCCUACGAGGGAUGUCGUCCUGAGUGUGUGCUCGACUCCGAUUGUCCUUCUCAGCUGGCCUGUGUCAAUCAAAAAUGCCGCGAUCCCUGCCCCGGAAGUUGUGGCCAAAAUGCCGAAUGCUUUGUGCGUAAUCACCUGCCCACUUGCAACUGCCUCAGUGGCUAUGUGGGAGACCCAUAUCGUUAUUGCAACAUUGAACCGAAACCCAUUCGGGAAUAUGUCAAUCCCUGUCAACCUUCCCCAUGUGGUCCCAAUUCUCAGUGCCGCGAGCAAAAUGGUGUGGCCACCUGCUCCUGUCUGCCGGAGUAUGUGGGCCUUCCUCCGGGCUGCCGGCCUGAGUGUACGGUCUCCUCGGAGUGUAAUCUUGACAAGGCCUGCGUUCGUCACAAGUGUGUUGAUCCUUGCCCCGGUGUCUGCGGCAGUUCUGCCGAUUGUCGGGUGGUUAACCACGCUCCACUCUGCUCUUGUCAAUCGGGUUACACAGGUGAUCCCUUCACCCGGUGUUACCCCAUUCCUCCUCCACCUACGCAUAUUCUCCAAGAUGUAGAACGCGAUCCUUGCCAACCAUCCCCCUGUGGAGCCAAUGCUCAGUGCAGGCAAUCCCAGGGUCAGGCCAUCUGUUCCUGCUUACCCAACUACUUUGGUGUCCCGCCUAAUUGUCGACCCGAGUGCACUCAGAGUUCAGAGUGUCUGUCAAGUCUGGCCUGCAUCAAUCAAAGAUGCGCGGAUCCAUGUCCUGGUUCCUGUGCAUAUAACGCCAUUUGUCAUGUCCGCAAUCACGUGCCCAGUUGUCAAUGUCCAGUGGGCUAUGUGGGUUAUCCGUUCACCAACUGUCAGCCUGAACCUCAGCCACCACCCAAACCUGUUGCCCUCGACGAUCCCUGCAAUCCUUCCCCCUGUGGAGCAAAUGCCCUGUGCCAGAAUGGUCAAUGUUCGUGUAUAGCCGAGUACCAGGGAGAUCCUUAUACUGGCUGUCGUCCGGAGUGUAUCUUAAAUGCAGAUUGUGCUCGAAAUCGGGCUUGUGUAAGACAUAAGUGUGUUGAUCCUUGUCCAGGAACUUGUGCUCCCAAUGCCAUCUGCGAUGUGAUUAACCACAUAGCCAUGUGUCGUUGCCCAGAGCGCAUGACAGGCAACGCCUUUAUCCAGUGUGAGACUCCACCAGUGUCGCUGGCACCUCCUGAUCCCUGCUACCCUUCGCCCUGCGGUCCAAAUAGUCGCUGCCGUGUAUUUAACAACAACGCUGUGUGUUCCUGCAUUGAGGACUUCAUUGGAACGCCACCAAACUGUCGACCGGAAUGUUCACAUAACUCGGAUUGCCUGCCUAGAUUGGCAUGCCAAAAUCAGCAUUGCAUGGAUCCAUGUCCAGGAACUUGUGGCUUUAAUGCCCUUUGCCAUGUGGUGAACCAUGCACCGAUUUGUAGUUGCCCACCCAGGCACAAUGGAAACCCCUUCCUGGGCUGCUUCCCAGAACCAGUGCGACGUGAUGAGAUUAUUCCAAAGCAUCCGUGCCAGCCCUCGCCAUGUGGUCCAUAUGCCAAGUGUACGGCUGUGGGAGAUCAGGCGCAGUGCAGCUGCCUUGCUGAAUACAUUGGAACACCGCCCAACUGCCGGCCAGAGUGUGUGACCAAUUCGGAGUGUUCCUUCGACAAGGCGUGCUUGAAUCAAAGAUGCCGUGACCCCUGCCCUGGAAAUUGUGGAUCCAAUGCUAAUUGCCACGUGAUAAGCCACGCAGCCAUGUGCUACUGCCUACCAGGCUAUACUGGUGACCCAUUCACAUCCUGUCGCCAAGUACCAUUGAUUCAACACGAAGAGAUCAUUCAACCGUGCUCCCCCAGACCAUGUGGAGCCAAUGCUGUGUGUCGCCAGGAAGGCAACGUGGGUUCCUGCCAGUGUCUUCCCGAAUACUACGGCAAUCCCUACGAGAUUUGCCGACCGGAGUGUGUAACAAAUAAUGAUUGCCCGGCGCACAAAUCUUGUCAGCAGAAUAAAUGUCGGGAUCCUUGCCCAGGAGUCUGUGCCUUAAAUGCUUUGUGUCGCGUAAUAAAUCACUUGCCAACUUGCCAUUGUCACAAUGGCUUUGUUGGUGACCCCUACCGCUACUGUCAAAUUCCAGAGAAACCUAUCCUCAAAGAAUAUGUCAAUCCCUGCCAGCCUUCUCCGUGUGGUCCCAACUCGCAAUGCCGUGAAAACAACGAGCAGGCUAUCUGCUCAUGUCUGCCCGAGUACGUGGGUGCUCCACCCAAUUGCCGACCUGAGUGUGUGACCAGUGCAGAGUGUCCUCAGGACAAGGCCUGCGUUAGGCAAAAGUGUAGCGAUCCCUGCCAGGAUGUGUGUGGCUCCAAUGCCGAUUGUCGUGUUAUCCAACAUGCCCCCAUUUGCAGUUGUCGUCCUGGUUUCACAGGCGACGCCUUUUCACGCUGCCUGCCCAUGCCACCCCCAAGACCACAACAGUUAGACGUCUACCGAAAUCCUUGUGUACCCUCACCUUGUGGCCAGUAUGCCGAGUGCCGGGAUAAUCAGGGAACUGCCACCUGCAGUUGUCUGCUCUCCUACUUUGGCACUCCGCCCAACUGUCGCCCCGAGUGUACCAUAAACCCCGACUGUCCGGCCCACCUUGCCUGCCAACAACAGCGCUGUCGCGAUCCCUGUCCCGGAGCCUGUGGCUUUAACGCCCUGUGCACGGUUAUCAAUCACAACCCUACUUGCCAAUGUGCCCCUGGACUAAUUGGCAACGCCUUCUCAUCCUGCCAUGCUCCACCUCCAGUCGUUCGGGAUCCCCCGCAAAUCAGUGAUCCCUGUUCCUUGAUUACCUGUGGCCCCAAUGCAGUUUGCAAUCAGGGACAAUGUAGUUGUCUUCCUGAAUUUGUUGGUAACCCAUUAGUGGGAUGUCGCCCAGAAUGCGUGCUUAGCACGGAAUGCGACUGGAACAAGGCGUGCGUAAGAAACAAGUGCGUCGAUCCCUGUCCUGGAAGAUGCGGAUCCAAUGCCAUAUGCGAGGUACACAGGCACGUGGCCAUGUGCCACUGUCCACCGGGAAUGACUGGAAACGCCUUCAGCCAAUGCCGACCCUUGCCACCAGCUCCAAUCCGCGAUGUCGUUGAUCCUUGUCAGCCUUCGCCAUGUGGUCCAAAUGCCCAGUGUCGCAAUAUCAAUGGACAAGCAGUGUGCUCGUGUCUGCGCGAUUUCGUUGGAAUCCCACCUUCAUGUCGACCAGAGUGUGUUAGCAAUGCGGAGUGUCCGCUGCACUUGGCCUGCCUCCAACAACAUUGCCGAGAUCCCUGUCCCGGAACUUGUGGCCUUAAUGCCGAAUGCCGUGUGAUUAAUCACAAUCCGAACUGCCAUUGCAUUGGAUCCUUCACGGGAAAUGCAUACGUGGCUUGUCACCGUCAACCACCGCCACCUGUCAGACAAGACCCAAUUGAUCCAUGCCAACCAUCGCCAUGUGGAGCUAAUGCGGAAUGUCGUGCCCAGGGAAGCAAUGCCCAAUGCAGCUGUCUAGCUGAAUUCAUUGGUACACCACCCAACUGCAGACCAGAGUGUGUUUCCAACUCGGAUUGUCCCACGAAUCUGGCCUGCCUCAAUCAAAAGUGCCGCGAUCCCUGUCCAGGUGUCUGUGGCUCCAACGCUGAAUGUUAUGUGAUUAAUCACACACCCACGUGCACAUGCAUUGCUGGACAAACCGGCAAUCCCUACGUGGGCUGUCAAGUGGUUAGAGAUGAUCCCGCUCCGCUUACACCGUGUGUUCCAAGUCCUUGUGGAGCAAAUGCUCUUUGUACGGAGAGGAAUGGAGCCGGAGCUUGUCAGUGCCUACCGGAAUUCUAUGGAAAUCCCUACGAGGGUUGCCGACCGGAGUGCGUGCUCAACUCGGACUGUCCCAGCCACCUAGCUUGUCUCAAUCAACAUUGUGCCGAUCCCUGUCCCGGAACCUGCGGUCCAAAUGCCCAAUGUCAAGUACGCGAACACCUGCCGCAAUGUAAUUGCCUUGUGGGCUACCAGGGAAAUCCCUACGUGUACUGCAGUGUCCUGCGUGAACCCCUGCCUGAACCGGUUCCCUCCCGCCCCUGUCAACCCUCGCCUUGUGGUCCCAACUCUCAGUGUCGAGAGUUGAACUACCAGGCAAUUUGCAAGUGUCUUCCCGACUUUAUUGGAUCCCCACCUGCCUGUAGACCCGAGUGUACCAUCUCCAGCGAGUGUGAUUUGACCCUGGCGUGUGUCCAACAACACUGUGUCGAUCCCUGUCCAGGUGUCUGCGGCAGCAGUGCUCAGUGUCGGGUGAUUAACCACAGUCCUCACUGUAGUUGUCUGCCUGGUUUCACGGGUGACGCCAUUAGUGGUUGCCAGCGCAUACCACCCGCAAUUAGUUACGAUCCCCCCAAGGAAACCUACCGAGAUCCAUGUGUUCCUUCUCCCUGUGGAGCUUAUGGCCAAUGUCGUGCUCAAGGCAACCAGGCUGUGUGCUCAUGCCUUCCUGGCUACUUUGGAGCACCGCCUAAUUGCCAGCCCGAGUGUGUGAUUAAUCCGGACUGCGCCUCCCAUUUGGCCUGUAUCAGUGAAAAGUGUCGCGACCCGUGUCCCGGUUCUUGUGGCAUCCAGGCCCAGUGUAACGUCAUCAACCACACACCCAUCUGCAGUUGUCCAUCAGGUUAUCAGGGUAAUCCCUUCGUCAGCUGCCAACGAAUUCCACCACCACCAACUCCAGUCCUUCGCGAUGCCUGUAAUCCCUCGCCAUGUGGCUCCAAUGCAGUCUGCAGCCCUGGAGGACAGUGCUCUUGUCUACCCGACUUCGAUGGCAAUCCCUACGUGGGCUGUCGUCCGGAGUGCGUCCUUAAUACGGACUGUGCGCGAGACAAGGCCUGCCAGCGCAGCAAGUGCACAGAUCCAUGUCCAGGAGCAUGUGGAGUUGGAGCAACUUGCGAGGUUCGCAACCACAUUCCAACAUGUAGUUGUCCGCCCGGAACUUCGGGCAACGCCUUCGUCCAGUGUACCCUUGUGCAAUCUUCACCUGUUGUGCCCUUGAAUCCCUGUCAACCAUCGCCGUGUGGAAACAAUGCCCAAUGCCGAGAGGCCAACGACCAGGCUGUUUGCUCGUGUCUACCUGGAUACUUUGGUGUUCCACCAAAGUGUCGCCCUGAGUGCACCAUCAACUCGGACUGUGCCCCACAACUGGCUUGCCUGAAUCAACAGUGCCGUGAUCCUUGUCCUGGAGCUUGCGGGCAGUUUGCUCAGUGCCAGGUCAUUCGACAUGUGCCGCACUGUAGUUGCCCUCAAGGUUACUCAGGAAAUGCUUUCUUCCUGUGCCACCGUAUACCGCCACCACCACCAGUCCAACUGGAGCCGGUCAGUCCAUGCUAUCCAUCACCAUGUGGAGCCAAUGCAGAAUGCACUCAACAAAAUGACCAGGCAGUUUGCAAGUGUCUAAAAGACUAUAUAGGAACACCACCCAGCUGUCGACCGGAGUGCAUAACAUCAUCCGAGUGUCCAAAUCACCAAGCUUGCAUUGCUCAGAAAUGUAAGGAUCCUUGUCCUGGUCUUUGUGGAAACGCAGCCAGCUGUCAAGUGGUCAGCCACGUGCCCUCGUGCAUCUGUAUUGGGGAUUACAUUGGUGAUCCGUACUCUGGAUGCUAUGCCCGUCCUCAACUUGAGCGGGACCAAAUCAAUCCCUGCUCUCAGAACCCGUGCGGAAGCAACGCCGUGUGCAGAGAACGUGGAGGAGCCGGUUCAUGUCAAUGUUUACCGGAAUAUUACGGCAACCCCUACGAAGGAUGUCGACCCGAAUGCGUGAUCAACUCGGACUGUUCGAGCCAUUUGGCUUGUUUGAAUCAACACUGCCGCGAUCCCUGUCCAGGAACCUGUGCCUCCAAUGCCCAAUGUCAAGUGGUUAAUCACGUUCCCAGCUGUAGUUGCUAUCCCGGAUACAAUGGUGAUCCUUAUCGCCAUUGUCGAGUGGUCCAGGCGGAACCCGUCGAAGUUGUCCACUUUGAUCCCUGCCAGCCCUCUCCGUGUGGUCCCAACUCUCAGUGCACCGAAUCCCAAGGUCAGGCAGUGUGUCGCUGCCUGCCCGAUUACUUUGGUUCCCCACCUGCUUGUCGACCCGAGUGCACUACCAAUCCCGAAUGUCCCAAUGAUAGAGCUUGCGUGGCUAGAAGGUGUUCCGAUCCUUGUGCGGGUGCUUGUGGUCAGAAUGCGAUUUGUCGAGCGCAUCAGCAUAGAGCACAUUGCUCGUGUCACCCUGGUUACAUAGGUGACGCCUAUACGCGGUGCCUGCCCCUGCCUCCUCCCCAACCUGUUAGGGACUCACCCAUAACCCCAAGAGACCCCUGUGUGCCCUCGCCAUGUGGUCAGUUUGCCCAGUGUCGAGUGGAGUACGGACAAGCCGUUUGCUCUUGCCUGGCCUCCUACUACGGUACUCCUCCAUUCUGCCGGCCCGAGUGCACCCAGAACUCAGAUUGUCCCAGCCAUAGGGCUUGUGUCAAUCAAAGGUGCGUUGCUCCCUGCCCCGGGGCUUGUGGCCUGAACGCGCAGUGUGAUGUGCUAAAUCAUGUGCCCAGCUGCUCGUGUCCCAGUGGUUUUGUGGGAGAUCCCUACUACCGCUGUUAUCCCGCGCCAGCUCCUCCUUCAACUCCUGUCGCCCCUGUCGUAGCGGAUGAUCCUUGUCAGCCCUCGCCCUGCGGUCCCAAUGCCCAGUGUUCGAACGGUGUCUGUAGUUGUCUGCCCCUGUACCAGGGUGAUCCUUACGUGGGAUGUCGCCCGGAGUGCGUCUUGAGUACUGAGUGUCCGUGGGACAAGGCCUGUAUCCGUAAUCGUUGCCUCGACCCGUGUCCAGGAACUUGCGGAUCGGGAGCCACAUGCCAGGUGCAUAAUCAUGUGGCCAUGUGCCAGUGUCCGGUUGGCUAUCAAGGCAAUCCGUAUGUGCUGUGCCAGCAGACACCCCUCCAGUCGCCAGUGGUGCUCCAUCCCUGCCAGCCUUCGCCUUGUGGGCCCCAUGGACAAUGCAGGGAAGUGGGAUCGCAAGCAAUUUGCACCUGUCUACCCGGCUAUUAUGGAAACCCGCCAGCCUGCCGACCCGAAUGUGUUAGCGAUCCAGAGUGUCCACCAAGUUUGGCUUGUGUGAAUCAGAAGUGCCGCGAUCCCUGCCCUGGUGCAUGUGGAUACCUGGCCCAGUGUCACGUGAUUAACCACAGUCCACAAUGUGUUUGCCCUGCUGGAUACACUGGAAGUCCGUACUCCCAGUGCCAGUUGAUCAGGGAAGAUUUAACACCAGUUCGGAGAGAGCCAAUUGAUCCUUGCUCGCCAUCUCCCUGUGGUCCCCAUGCCCACUGUAGUAAUGAGGGAGGCAAUGCAGUUUGCCGCUGUCUGCCGGAGUAUCUGGGAGUACCACCCUACUGUCGACCGGAGUGCAUUGCCAACAGCGAAUGUCCCAGCGACAGGGCCUGCAUCAAUCGGAAGUGUCAGGAUCCAUGCCCCGGCCUGUGUGGAUACAAUGCCAUCUGUCGAACCUACAACCAUCAGCCAAACUGUGUUUGUGCUCCUGGAUUGGUGGGUAAUCCGUUCAGCUCCUGUCUGCCGCCCACACGCCCUCAGGUUUCACCUGCACCUCCCACAACUGCAAUAGAGGUACUUCAGUAUGAGGAACCUUUUAUCAAUGGCUGUGAACCCAGCCCCUGUGGAGCAAACGCUCAAUGCAAUCAGCGGAGGGGAGUUGUCUCAUGCGUCUGUCUUCCCGACUAUUUCGGUAAUCCUUACGAGGCCUGCCGACCGGAGUGCAUUUUGAACUCCGAUUGUCCCUCGAGCAGAGCUUGUGUUCAGCAAAAAUGCCGAGAUCCGUGUCCUGGCACUUGUGGGCUGAAUGCCGAGUGCUAUGUCCUAGAUCACCUGCCACAGUGCAGGUGUUUCAGUGGUUACACUGGAAAUCCAUUGGCAUACUGCGCACCUGUACCAAUUGUCCAGCAAUCACCCUUGACUCCCUGUGAUCCCUCACCCUGCGGACCCAAUGCCCAGUGUCACCCCUCAAAUAAUGAAGCCGUGUGCUCCUGUUUACCCGAGUUCUACGGAACCCCUCCGAACUGUCGACCCGAGUGUACACUAAACUCAGAAUGUGCCUAUGAUAAGGCGUGCGUGCAUCACAAGUGUGUCGAUCCGUGUCCUGGAAUUUGUGGUAUUAAUGCCGAGUGUCGCGUACACUAUCACAGCCCCAUAUGUUACUGCAUCUCUUCGCACACGGGUGAUCCUUUCACACGUUGCUUUGAGACCCCCAAACCCGUGCGACCCCAGAUAUACGAUACACCUUCUCCUCCUUACCCGGUUGCCAUACCCGAUCUGGUUUACAUACAACAACAACAACCUGGAAUAGUAAAUAUUCCCUCUGUCCCUCAGCCUGGAUACCCCCAGUCACAGCCCCCACAUUACAAUGUGAACUAUCCAACACCACAACCGGCGAAUCCCCAACAACCUGGAGUCGUGAAUAUACCAUCACAGCCAGUCUACCCAUCGCCUCAACCAACGGUUUAUAAUGUCAACUACCCAACAACGCCCUAUCCAGUUCCUCAACAACCCGGUGUUGUGAACAUUCCUUCCGUACCACAACCGGUGCCCCCGACAUCUCAGAGACCCGUGUUUAUACCAUCGCCUGCGAGCCCAUCACCUCCAUCACAGCCUGGAGUUAUUAACAUUCCUUCAGCGCCACAACCUGGAUAUCCAACGCCACAGACUCCAGUUUAUGACGUAAACUAUCCAACUACACCGAGUCCGAUUCCUCAACAUCCUGGUGUGGUCAACAUACCAUCUGCGCCACAACCAGCUUAUCCUUCUCCGAAUCCACCGGUCUAUGAUGUGAACUAUCCCACGGCACCACCUCCUCAGACACCAGUGCAGCCUGGUGUAAUCAAUGUACCCUCUGUGCCGCAACCGUCACCGCCAUCGCAACAACCUCCCGUUUUUAUACCAUCACCUGAGCAUCCGACAUCAGCUCCGAAGCCAGGAGUAAUUAAUAUUCCCUCAGUACCACAACCAGUACACCCAACACCACAGCCUCCUGUUUAUGAUGUCAACUAUCCAACGUCACCGCCUUCCACUCCUCAGCAACCAGGAGUAAUAAAUAUACCUUCAGCUCCUCAACCAGAGCACCCUUCACCCAGUCCACCAGUUUACGAUGUUAACUAUCCAACGAGGCCUUCAACUCCCCAACAACCAGGAGUUCUUAAUAUCCCAUCGUACCCACAGCCAGUACCACCGUCUCCUCAGCCUCCCAUAUUUAUACCGUCCCAGGAGCCACCGAGACCUUCUCCAAAGCCGGGAGUUAUUAAUAUUCCUUCGGUACCGGAACCUGUAUAUCCUACACCACAGACUCCAGUUUACGACGUGAACUACCCAACACAACACCCUGUAAUAACACCGCAACCUGGAGUAAUAAAUAUUCCAUCGGCGCCACAGCCAGUGCCUCCCGUUUCUCAGCGUCCCGUCUAUAUACCAUCACCUGUAAACACGACACCUGCUCCACAACCAGGAGUUAUUAAUAUACCUUCAGUGGCACAGCCAGUGCAUCCAACGUACCAACCUCCGGUUGUACAGCGACCUGCUAUAUACGAUGUGUAUUAUCCACCACCUCCGUCAAGACCGGGUGUGAUUAAUAUUCCUUCACCGCCACGGCCUGUAUAUCCCGUGCCCCAGCAACCGAUAUACGUACCAGCUCCAGUUCUAAAUAUACCUGCACCAAGGCCAGUCAUUCAUAACAUCCCUUCAGUACCGCAACCAACGUAUCCACAUCAGAAUCCACCAAUUCAGGAUGUUACUUAUCCAGCUCCACAACCAACUCCUCCAGUACCAGGAGUAAUAAAUAUUCCUUCAGUGCCACAACCUGUGCCAUCACCCACUCCUGGUGUUAUAAAUAUUCCCUCACAACCGUCUCCACCGAUCUCGGUACCUACACCAGGAAUCGUUAACAUUCCACAACCGUCGUAUCCACCUCCGAAUCCACCUGUUUACGAUGUCAACUAUCCAACUUCAUCACCCACUCCUCCAGCACCAGGAAUUGUCAACAUUCCUUCGGUUCCUCAACCUGUGCCAUCUCCCCCUACUGGUGUGAUAAAUAUACCUUCACAACCUUCACCACCGAUCUCAGUAUCAACUCCAGGAAUUGUCAACAUUCCCUCGAUUCCACAUCCGACGAAUCCACCAUCAAAUCCACCUGUUUACGAUGUCAGCUAUCCAACGCCUCAGCCAACUCCUCCGACGCCUGGAAUUAUUAAUAUUCCCUCCGUUCUUCAACCUGCUCCAUCACCCACCCCUGGCGUGAUAAAUAUACCAUCACAACCUUCCUCUCCGAUCUCGGUACCGACACCGGGAAUUGUGAAUAUUCCAUCUGUUCCACAACCGACAUACCCAUCUUCAAAUCCACCUGUUUACGAUGUCAACUAUCCAAAGCCACCACCCACUCCUCCAGCACCAGGAAUUGUCAAUAUUCCUUCCGUGCCUCAACCUGUGCCAUCCCCCACUCCUGGCGUGAUAAAUAUACCAUCACAACCUUCUUCUCCGAUCUCGGUACCGACACCGGGAGUUGUGAAUAUUCCAUCUGUUCCACAACCGACAUACCCAUCUUCAAAUCCACCUGUAUACGAUGUCAACUAUCCAACGCCACAACCCACUCCUCCAGCACCAGGAAUUGUCAAUAUUCCUUCCGUGCCUCAACCUAUACCAUCACCCAGUCCUGGCGUGAUAAAUAUACCUUCGCAACCGUCACCACCAACUUCAGUUCAACAGCCUGGAAUAAUAAGCAUUCCAACGCUACCUCAGCCAACAACUCCAACCACUCAACAUCCGAUACAGGAUGUCCAAUAUGCGACCCAAAAACCACAACCUCUCCCUGGAGUGAUCAAUAUACCCUCCGUUCCACAACCGACGUAUCCAACUCAAAGACCAUCCUACCAGGAUGUUAGUUACCCAACGUCACAGCCCAAUCCUCCGGUACCUGGAAUUAUAAAUAUUCCUUCGGUGCCCCAGCCUGUGCCUUCAACAACUCCCGGAGUGAUCAAUGUACCCUCACAACCAUUCCAACCGGUACCAACACCAAAGCCUGGAAUUAUCAACAUUUCCUCCGCACCACACCCUAUACCAAAUCCUGUGCAGGAGGUCCACUACGAAACCCAGAGACCACAACCUGUUCCUGGAGUGGUCAACGUUCCAAGUCGACCCAACUACGAUGUGGCCAGACCUGAUUUCGAAUUCAACCCGUGCUAUCCAUCGCCCUGCGGACCUUACUCGCAUUGCCACAAUCGAUUUGGUGUGGCUGCCUGCGUUUGUCUGCCAAACUACAGAGGAACUCCACCAAACUGUCGGCCGGAAUGCGUCAUCAACUCGGAUUGUCCAUACAACUUGGCUUGCAUCAAUGAAAAGUGUCGCGAUCCUUGCCCAGGAUCUUGUGCCUACAAUGCCUUAUGCCGAGUGCACGAACACGAGCCGAAUUGCUUCUGUCAAAACGGUUACACCGGAAAUCCGUAUGUUUCCUGUCAACCCACACCCAUAGCCCCUGUGGUUCAACGUGAGCCCGUCGAGGCGAAGGAUCCAUGUUAUCCAUCGAUUUGCGGACCGAACGCAGUGUGCAAUAAUGGAAAGUGCAGCUGUAUACCGGAGUAUCGAGGAGAUCCCUAUGUUGGCUGCCGACCGGAAUGUGUUCUCAAUACGGACUGUGUCAGGGAUAAGGCUUGCAUCCGCCAGAAAUGCCAGGAUCCUUGCCCAGGAUCUUGUGGACUCAAUGCAUUGUGUCAUGUGUACAACCACGUGGCCAGCUGCACUUGUCCGGAGCAAAUGCAAGGAAAUGCAUUUGUGAGAUGUGACCCGAUACCCAAGCGCGAUCCCCCUGUCCCAGCAUCAACACCUACGACUUUGCCGGCCCUUGUGCCCCAACGUGCUCCGAUCAAUCCCUGCCAGCCGUCACCUUGUGGACCCAAUGCCCAGUGCCGAGCCUACUAUGAACAGGCGAUUUGCUAUUGCUUGCCUGAUUUUAUUGGCACUCCACCCAACUGUCGCCCAGAGUGUACCUCGAACUCGGACUGUCCCCUCGACAAAUACUGCCUGAAUCUCAGGUGUCGCGAUCCGUGUCCGGGGGCUUGCGGCAUUCGUGCCAUUUGCCAUGUUCAGAACCACGGUCCACGGUGCAUCUGUCCACCCCAGUUGACGGGCAAUCCUUACCUGUCUUGCCAACCCAUAGUUAUACCCCCUGUAGAACGCGACGAAGUGAAUCCCUGUCAGCCCUCGCCCUGCGGCCCCAACUCCGAGUGCCAAGCCACGUCGGGUGGAGCUCGUUGCUCCUGCCUGCCCCAGUACCAUGGCACCCCACCCUUCUGUCGUCCGGAGUGCGUGAAUAGCGCCGAUUGUCCGGCGGACAAAGCAUGCCGGAAUUACAAGUGCGUUGAUCCCUGCCCCGGCAGCUGUGGUCUCUCGGCUCUCUGUCGUGUGGUGGCCCACAGUCCUGUGUGCUACUGUCCCGAAGGUUUUGUGGGCAAUGCCUAUAGCAUCUGCACCCGACCAGAACCAAGUCCACCUGCCAUGGUGAUCCUUCCCUGUAAUCCCAGUCCAUGUGGAGUCAACGCUUUCUGUCAACCCCACAACGACUUCAGCCUUUGCCAGUGUUUGCCGGGUUACUAUGGCAAUCCUUCAGAGAUCUGCCGACCCGAAUGCACUGUCAACUCGGAUUGUCCAAGCCACAGGGCAUGCAUGAGCGAAAAGUGUGGCGAUCCAUGUCCCGGGGCCUGUGGCAUCAAUGCCCUCUGUCAGGUCAUUAACCACAGCCCGGUUUGUGAAUGCCCCCCGGGUCAUGUGGGCAAUCCCUACAACAGCUGUCGUCUUCCUCAGCGUGAACCCCCCGCGCCGGAAUAUGUGAACCCCUGUCAGCCAUCUCCUUGUGGGGCCAAUUCCCAGUGUCGCGAGUCCCAGGGACAGGCCAUCUGCUCCUGCCUGCCGGAGUUUGUGGGUACCCCACCCUCCUGCCGACCGGAGUGCGUGAUCAGUGCCGAGUGUCCAGCGGACAAGGCGUGCAUCAACCAGAAGUGCCAGGACCCUUGUCCCGGAGCUUGUGGCUUGAAUGCCCAGUGCCAUGUGCGUAACCACAGUCCGCUGUGCUCGUGUCAGCCCGGAUUCACCGGAGAUGCUCUGACCCGCUGUCUGCCAGUGCCACCACCACAACCACCGAAAGCGAACGAUAUCCGCGAUCCUUGCGUGCCGUCUCCUUGUGGACCCUACUCCCAGUGUCGCGUGAUUAAUGGUGGAGCUAGUUGCAGUUGCCUAGCCAACUAUGUGGGAGCGGCGCCCUACUGCCGUCCGGAAUGUACCAUCAAUGCGGAGUGUCCCAGCAAUCUGGCCUGCAUCAACGAAAAGUGUCGUGAUCCAUGUCCUGGAGCCUGUGGCUUUGACGCCCAGUGUAAUGUCAUCAAUCAUACGCCCAGUUGCUUCUGUCCCGCUGGUUACACGGGAGAUCCGUUCACCAGCUGUCGACUGCUGCCCCCACCUCCUCCACCGAAGAGUCCCUCCGAUCCCUGCCAGCCCUCGCCCUGCGGAGCCAAUGCUCUGUGCAACAAUGGGCAGUGCUCUUGCCUGCCGGAGUACCAGGGUGAUCCUUACACCGGAUGCCGUCCGGAGUGCGUUCUGAACUCGGAUUGCGCCAGGAAUAGGGCGUGUGUGAAUCAGAAGUGCGUGGAUCCUUGUCCAGGACACUGUGGCAUCAAUGCCCUCUGCGACGCCGUCAACCACAUCGCCAUGUGUCACUGCCCUGAGCGGAUGACGGGCAAUGCGUUUGUGUCCUGCCAGCCGAUUCGCGAUGAACCACCACCACCCACUCCCAAUCCCUGCCAGCCCUCGCCGUGCGGAGCCAAUUCCCAGUGCCUGGAGAGGAAUGGCAAUGCCAUCUGCUCCUGCCUGGCCGGAUACUUUGGACAGCCGCCCAACUGCCGACUGGAGUGCUACUCCAGCUCUGAUUGCUCCCAGGUGCACAGCUGCAUCAACAACAAGUGCGUGGACCCGUGUCCUGGAAAAUGUGGCCUGAAUGCAGUGUGCCAGGCAAUCCAACAUAGGGCCCAAUGCGAAUGCAUCCCGAGAUACACUGGAAAUGCCUAUGUUCAGUGUAAUCCCAUUCCCGUGCCCAGGAUACCGGAACCAAUUCGCGAUCCUUGUCGACCCUCACCUUGUGGAUCCAACUCCCAGUGCACCAAUGUGAAUGGCCAGGCGGAGUGCCGCUGUCUGCCGGAGUUCCAAGGAACCCCGCCAAAUUGCCGGCCCGAGUGCGUCAGCCACGAUGAGUGCGCCAAUCACCUGGCCUGCAUGAACCAAAAGUGUGCCGAUCCCUGUCCUGGAAGCUGUGGCCAGAGUGCCCAGUGCACGGUCAGCCUUCACAUACCCAACUGUCAGUGUCCCGUGGGCAUGACUGGUGACCCAUUCCGAAUUUGCCUGCCCAAGCCACGUGACGAACCCAAGCCCCCGCCGACUCCCAAGAAUCCCUGCUACCCCUCUCCAUGUGGUACCAACGCCGUGUGCCGCGUCCAAGGAGAGAAUUACGUUUGUGAGUGCAGCCAACUGGAGUACAUUGGCAAUCCCUAUGAGGGAUGUCGCCCCGAAUGUGUGGGCAACUCCGAGUGUCCUGCCAAUCAGGCCUGCAUCCGCAGCAAGUGCCAGGAUCCUUGUCCGGGAGUGUGUGGCCUGGAGGCCAUUUGCACCAUGAAUAACCACAUUCCAGUGUGCUCCUGUCCACCGGGCUAUACGGGCAAUGCUUUUGCCCAGUGUACCCGUCAGUUGACACCACCUCCUCCAUCAGAUCCUUGCUAUCCCUCGCCUUGUGGACCCAAUUCCCUUUGCCGCGUGCAGAACGAGAAGGCCGUGUGCGAGUGCCUGCCCGGAUUCUUUGGUAAUCCGCAGGCUCAGGGCUGUCGCCCAGAGUGCACCCUCAGCUCGGACUGUGCCAAGGAUCGGGCGUGCAUCAACUCCAAGUGUGUGGAUGCCUGCGUGGGAGAGUGUGGAUUCGGAGCUGUUUGCCAGACGAUCAACCACAGCCCGGUGUGCAGUUGUCCCGCCAACAUGGUGGGCAAUCCCUUCGUACAGUGCGAGGAACCACGCCAAGCGGAGCCCAUCGAUCCCUGCCAGCCUUCGCCGUGCCGCAGCAAUGGAAUCUGUCGCGUUUACAACGGAGCUGCUACUUGCAGUUAUCCGGAGUGCGUGAUCAACGAGGAUUGCUCAAGGGAUAGGGCUUGCGUGAGUCAAAAGUGCCGAGAUCCAUGUCUGAAUGCCUGCGGCAUUAAUGCCAUCUGCCGGGCCAUCAACCACAAGGCUGUCUGCAGCUGUCCGCCGGAAUUCUAUGGUUCCCCGUAUGCCCAAUGUCUAAGACAGAUCCCAGAGCCGUUGCCCAAGCCUGAGUGCGUGAGCGAUGGAGAUUGCACUAAUGACAAGGCCUGCAUCAACCAGGUUUGUCGCAAUCCCUGCGAGCAAUCGAACCUCUGCGCCCAACAGGCACGCUGCCAUGUUCAGCUUCACCGGCCACUGUGCGUCUGCAAUGAGGGAUAUACCGGAAACGCCCAGCAGAAUUGCUUCCUUUUGGGAUGUCGAUCGGAUGGAGAGUGUGCCGCCAAUGAGGCUUGUAUUAAUCAGCAGUGCGUGGAUCCCUGUAGUUUCACACAGUGCGGAACAGGAGCCAUCUGCCGAGCGGACUUCAACCACCGAGCUAGGUGCCAUUGCUUGGACGGAUACCGCGGCAAUCCUCUGGUGCGCUGCGAACGUCCAGAGUGUCAGUCCGAUGACGAAUGUGCCUUCCACCUGGCCUGCCGCAAUGAACGCUGCGAAGAUCCCUGCAACUGUGGCCUUGGAGCCCAGUGUCGCGUGGAGAACCAUCGUGCCCAGUGCCGUUGUCCAGCUGGCUUCAGUGGAAACCCGGCCGUGAGAUGCGACCUGGUGCCAACGCAACCGGAGGGCUGCACCAUGGAUGCCGAGUGUCCCAGCAAACUGGCCUGCUUCGGCGGCGAGUGCAAGAACCCAUGCGAUGUGACGCAUCCAUGUGGCGCCAAUGCCAUCUGCGAAGUGGUGGACACCCUACCCCUGCGCACCAUGAUGUGCAGCUGCUUACCUGGCUUUGUGGGUGAGGCCGACAUUGGAUGUCACAAAGAACCCCCGCGAGAUCAGGGCUGUACGUCGCAUGAUCAAUGCCAGGAUACGGAAGCCUGUCGUGGCGGAAACUGUGUCAAUCCCUGUCUGGAUAACUCGCCUUGUGCCCGCACUGCCCAGUGUUUGGCCCAACAGCACCGUGCCAUUUGCAGCUGUCCUGAGAGAACCCAGGGAGAUCCAUUCACCAACUGCUAUGAGCCACCUGAAAUCAAGACAGGAUGCACCCACGAUUCGGAGUGCCCGCCUACUACGGCCUGCGUCAAUAAGCGCUGCGAGGAUCCUUGUGCCGAGGCCAAUCCUUGUGCCGGAAAUGCCGAGUGUCGUGUGCAGAACUCCCGACCGAUCUGCUUCUGUCCAGCUGGUUGGGGUGGUGACCCACAAGUCCAAUGUUUCAAACCUGAGUGCAAGAUCAAUGCCGACUGUCCUUAUGACAAGACCUGCUUGAACGAGAACUGCGUGAAUCCCUGCACACAUGGCCAGGUGCGCUGCGGCAGUGGAGCCCAGUGCUUGGCCCAGAACCACCAGGCUGUGUGCAUCUGUCCAACCGGAACUCAGGGCAAUCCCUUCAUCUCCUGCAUCACUGGACACUGUCAGUACAACGAGGAUUGUGCUGACCACGAGGCCUGCGAUCGAUUGAAUCGCGUGUGCCGUCCGGUUUGUGACCAGGAGACCUGUGCCCUGAACGCCAUAUGUGUGGGUCGUCGCCAUCAGCCGCAGUGCGAGUGCCGACCCGGAUACCAGGGCAACCCGCAUGUCCAGUGCGAUAUACCAGUGAAGACGCCAAAGCCUCAGUGUACCCAGGAUGCCGACUGUCCAUCGAAAUUGGCCUGCAUCAAUGAGCGUUGCGGAGAUCCUUGUGCCACGCCACAUGUUUGCACUCCGCAACAGACUUGCACGGUUCUGGAUACCCUUCCCAAGCGCGCCAUGGCCUGCAAGUGUCCCGGUGACACGGUGACGGAUAUCUCCCGCAACUGUGUGCCCAUCACUGUACCCAAGGUCAUCACCGGCUGCCAGCACAACUCCGAGUGUGCCAAUCCCGAGGUCUGCUCGAAUGGAAAUUGCCUGGAUGCCUGCCGACUGGAGCGGUGCGGCGUUAAUGCUCAGUGUACCGCAAGGGAUCACUAUGCCCAGUGUAAUUGCCCGAAGGGCUUCCAAGGCAAUCCCCGCAUCGAGUGCUAUACCACGGAAGUGGAUAGGCCAAGGAUUCCCAGCCCUGGCUGCUCUCGCAACGACGAUUGCCCCAAUGAUCAGAUCUGUCGCAACGAAAUCUGCGUGAGUCCGUGUGACUCGGAUGCCUGUGGAAUCGGCGCCUACUGCCAUGUGCAGCAGCGCAAGGCCAUCUGCCGCUGCCCACCUGGCUACGCCGGCAACCCACAGGAACGCUGCCUGCCACCAUCUGAUGUGAUCUUGGUUGGCUGCAAGUCCAGCACCGAAUGCCCCUUGAACGAGGCCUGCAUCAACACCCAGUGCGCAAGUCCUUGCAACUGCGGACCGAACGCCGAGUGCACGGUGAAGAACCACCAUCCGAUUUGCUACUGCAAACCCGGAUUCUCCGGAAAUGCCCAGUUUGGAUGCGCACCCAUUGGCUGCCAGUCGGAUGACGAGUGCAGCGGUGACAAGCAGUGCCUGAACCGCGAGUGCAUCAAUCCCUGCCUGGCCAGCGAUCCGUGUGCCCUGAAUGCCGAGUGCUUUGGACGCAACCAUCGCGCCAAUUGCCGCUGUCCCGUGGGAUUGGAGGGUGAUCCGUUUGUGCGCUGCCUGCGACUGGAAUGCCAUUCGGACUAUGACUGCGCCUCGAACCUGGCCUGUGUGUCCAACGAAUGUGUGAGCCCAUGUGGCCAAAGGAACCCAUGUGCCCAGAAUGCCAUCUGCCAGGCCCUGCAGCAUCGCGCUGUCUGCCGUUGUCCGGAUCAAUUGCCCUUGGGUAAUCCGUAUGGUUACUGUGAGGCCAGGCGUGUGGAGCCAGUGUGUAGGGAUGAUGGAGAUUGCCCCAGCAAGCUGGCCUGCAUCGAUGACAAGUGCCAGAAUCCGUGCACAGAGCUCUCACCUUGCCACCAAACCGCCCAGUGCAGUGUGCUGGACAGUGUUCCGGUGAGAACAAUGGUAUGUGAGUGCGCCGAGUAUGAGGUGCCCGAUGCCAGUGGAGCAUGCCGCAAGAUGGUGCCGCCCAGUCAGCCAGGAUGCGACAGCGACCAGGACUGUCCCGACCAAGAGGCCUGCAUCCAUGCCCAGUGCCGCAACCCUUGCAACUGUGGAACCAACGCCGUCUGCCAGGUGACCCAACAUCGCGCAGUGUGCAGCUGCCAGGAUGGAUUCGAGGGUAAUCCCUAUGCCUCCUGUCGCUCCAUUGGAUGCCGCGUGGAUGGCGAGUGCGAUUCAGGCAAGGCCUGCAUCAACGGUGACUGCAUCAAUCCGUGCCUGAUCAACGAUCCCUGUGGACCCAAUGCCGAGUGCUAUGUGCAAUCGAACCGUGCCCAGUGCCGCUGCCUGAGUGGAUACCGUGGUAAUCCUUAUGAGCGUUGCCGCGUCAUCGGCUGCAGCAGCAACAACGACUGUCCCACAGACAAGACCUGCCAGAACGAGCAGUGCGUGAAUCCCUGCAUCUACCACAACCCCUGUGCCCCGCGAGCGGAGUGCAGGGCCCAGAACCACUUGGCCGUGUGCCGUUGUCCCGCCGAUUUCUUGGGCAAUCCCUACGUGGACUGCCGACCGCCGCCUCAGCCCAUCUGCCAGCUGGAUACCGAUUGUCCUGCCCGCCAGGCCUGCAUAAACGAACAAUGUGUGAAUCCUUGUGUCGUUUUGGAACCCUGUCAGCGACCGGCUCUCUGCGAGGUGACUCCCACAUCUCCGGUACGCACGAUGCUCUGCAUCUGUCCGGAUGGUUAUGUCAGCCAAGGAAAGGGAGGAUGCAAGCCCACGCAAGGAGUUAAGGAAGUUGGAGGCUGUAUCUCGGACUCAGACUGUCCGGUGGAUAAGUCCUGUCUGAACAGUGUCUGCCGAGAUCCCUGCAACUGCGGCUUGAAUGCCGAGUGCCGCAUCAAGGAUCACAAGCCCGUCUGCACGUGUCGUCAAGGAUUCGAAGGUAACCCAGAGUUUGAGUGCUCCAAGAUCGAGUGCAGUAUCAAUUCCGACUGUCCGGGAACCCACAAGUGCCGCAAUCAGCUCUGCAUCCCUGCCUGCCAGGGUGAGCAGUGUGGAACCAAUGCCCAGUGCUUGGCCAUUGAACAUCGUGCUGUAUGCGAGUGCAUCCCGGGACAUGGAGGAAAUGCCAGGAUUGCUUGUACCCCAUUGGGAUGUCGAUCGGAUGACGAAUGUCCCACGGACAGAGCGUGUGUGAAUGGUAAAUGCGAUGAUGUUUGUACAACAACUGCGAUCUGUGCCCAGGAUGAAGUAUGCAAGGUAUACCAGCACCGACCUCAGUGCGCUUGCCCACCAGGAACCGUGCCCGGAAGGAAUGGCUGCGAAUCGGAGCGCCAUGUGCCCAUCUGCAUCAGCGAUGCGGAUUGUCCCAGCCAGAAGGCUUGCCUGCGCGGCGAAUGUGUGAAUCCCUGCAAUGCCACCGAGCCAUGUGGAGUGAAUGCUUUCUGCAGUGUCCGGGAUACUUUACCCGUGAGGACCAUGAUCUGCGAGUGCCUGGAGGGAUACACCGGUAACCCAGCCGUGCAGUGCGACAAGCGCUCCCUGUGCGUCAUCGAGAAGGGCUUCGUCCGGGAUGUGGAUGGACAGUGUGUCUGCCCACCGGGAACCGCUCUGGAUAUCUACGAGUACUGCACCCCUUGCCGAGAGGAGCAAGGCUUCCGCAUCGAUGAGAGUGGUCACUGUGUGUGCGCCCUGGAGCGCGGCAUGGUGAUCGACGAACGUGGUCGCUGCACUUGUCCCAUUGAGCUGGGCUACCGUCUGACUCCUCGUGGCGAAUGCCAGCCAGAGGAGCCGCCAGAGUGCACGAGCAACGAACAGUGCGCCGAUAACCGAUUCUGCAACCUGGACACCAAGACCUGCGAGGAUCCCUGCCUGACCAAGGUGUGUGGCGUGAAUGCCUUCUGCAAUGCGGUGAACCACCGGGCCCAGUGCCAGUGCAUCACUGGCUACACUGGCAACCCGGAGCUGCACUGCAACCACACUAACUUCCGCACCGAUUUCCCACGACCCGACAUGGUGGUCAGUUGUCUGGCCGAUGGUGUCCAGGUGGAAAUCCACAUCACGGAGCCAGGAUUUAAUGGAGUGUUGUACGUGAAGGGCCACAGCAAGGAUGAGGAGUGCCGUCGGGUGGUCAACCUGGCCGGUGAGACCGUUCCCCGUACCGAGAUCUUCCGCGUCCACUUCGGUAGCUGCGGAAUGCAAGCGGUGAAGGAUGUGGCCAGUUUCGUACUGGUCAUUCAGAAGCAUCCCAAGCUCGUUACCUACAAGGCCCAGGCGUACAACAUCAAGUGCGUCUACCAGACUGGCGAGAAGAAUGUGACCCUAGGAUUCAACGUAUCCAUGCUAACGACUGCCGGAACAAUUGCCAACACAGGACCACCGCCCAUCUGCCAAAUGCGCAUCAUCACCAACGAGGGUGAGGAGAUCAAUUCGGCCGAGAUCGGCGAUAAUCUCAAGCUGCAAGUGGAUGUGGAGCCAGCCACCAUUUAUGGAGGCUUCGCCCGCUCCUGUAUUGCCAAGACCAUGGAGGACAAUAUACAGAACGAAUAUCUGGUCACGGAUGAGAAUGGCUGUGCCACGGAUACCAGCAUCUUCGGAAACUGGGAAUACAAUCCGGACACCAACAGCCUGCUGGCCAGCUUCAAUGCCUUCAAGUUCCCAUCGAGCGAUAACAUUCGAUUCCAGUGCAACAUACGCGUCUGCUUUGGACGCUGCCAACCGGUCAAUUGUGGUGGAUACAACGCCUUCGGGCGACGUCGUCGCUCCAUUGAGGACAACUCUAACGAUACGACCGCCAUUGCCACGAAUUCGGGUGUGGAGGGUCAACUGCGCGAGGAGAUUACGAUCUCAUCGAAUGCCAUUCUGACCUUCGAGAAGCGCAGCGGUCAAGGCCUCAAUGAUGCCAACAUUAAACCGGCGGCCCAGAGAGUCGAGGAUAUUUGCGUGUCCAUGGUGGGACUGAUCAUUGCUUUGGUCAUCACGGCCUUGCUGGCCUUAGUAGCCGUAGCCGUGGCUGUUUCCUGCUGGCUGAUGGCCUACAGGAGAAGGCCCAAGACCAUUGCACCGCUGCCCCAUCCGCCGGAGUUCCCCAACCCGCUGUUCGCCAAUCCCGACGCUGUGCCCGAGCCAACGCCGGACUACAUCUCCUAAACGUAACGUAACGAUACACUGACAUACAAACACCUAGCUAUAUCUUUAGUCUAUAAGAAAAUCGAAUGAUAAUGAAAAUUAUGUGAAUAUUUGAAAGGCAAGUGCAAAAGGUUUAUGCAAAACAGAUCGAAUCGCGAAAGAUUAUCAAUCAAUAUUAAGAAAAAGAAAAACAAAAGUACAGUUGUGAGCUAAAAGUAUAGUCGGUUCUGAUGGCCGUAAAACGAAACUAUGAAAAAGAUUGAACUAUUGUAAAAAGCAAAAAUGACGAAGCGAGAAACGCAUGAACAAUGCAUGAAAGUAAUUUAGUAGCUUAAGAAAAUAAUUUUAUUAAUUGUAUUAACGUUUAGUAUUCUCCUUCCUACUAACAUGAGAAUUCCGCGUAGUGUUUGUACGUUUAGCUGCCACAUAUAUAGAGUCCACAAACUGCCAAACAGAUGUGAGGGAAUUCACCACAUAGAGAGUGCAGCUACAAACGAAUUCUCGUCCUCUAACGACAACUUCUUCAUUAGUCGGUUAUCAAUAUUAAUACUGUUAUAUAUAUAUAUAACUAAAGACUUCCUAUAAAUAUUUAGGGUGUGGGUAGUAGCAACGACACUUUGUAUUAUAGCACAGACACACGCACACAACUACUUCCUGUAAUUUAGAUAUGAACUCAACUCGCCCGUUAAAAUUGAAAACUGCCUUUAAUUUCCAACAAGAACGAACAAUGCACCCCAGAAUACUCUCUAGCAGUAUGUAAGAGAUCGUUGGUCCUCGAUCGAUGGGAUAUUAUACCGCGUAUAACCACUGGACAAUAUGUCAACGAUUGUCCCUGAUGGAUUGUAAGAAAGCUCAAGAGUCAAAAACACACACACACACACUGAAGAAAACCGACCACUCUAACCAGCUUUAAAAACGUGGAAAUAGAUCCAUUAAGAUCCAGGCACCGAUUCAAUGAGGGAACAUAACUAUAACUGCCACUGAGGCGUCAUCAGCGCACAAAAGAUACUUAUCUAUUGCAUAGGAAAUACUAGGUUUGUUUUAAUUUUAAUUCCAACGACGACUAAUGGAGGAUUUGAUUUUGACCACUGUCCCUCGACCACUUACUUGUACUACACUCUACUAUGAUUAACCAUUAUUUUUGUAGUUUUAUAGUCAAUUAAUAUUAAAUUGUUGUGAUUGUUUUUAAUGCAAAAGAGAUACUUCCACUAACUUACUAAUAUGUAGAGACAAAAGUAUAGAGAGUACUUAAAAAGGCAACGAACCAGCGCCCCUGCCCCGCCCCCCAUUUCCUACUCCAUGGGGAACAGCACGCCACUGUCAACGCGCCGGAAACUAUGCAGCGAAUUUCCGUUUCCGGCGCCCGUUUUACAGAGCAUGUCUUUUCCUGAUGCGAUGAUAGCCUGCGGGAUAGCGGGGUCUCGGGCCUGGAUAAUUAAAUUAUUAAAAAUGAAGUUUUAAAUUAAUAUUAUUAAACGUAAACAAAAUGUAUAGUCACUACUUUAAGAAGAAAGAUAAUUUUCUUUAUAGUAAAAUACCAUACAAAAUAAACUCGCACU